UGCUAAGUGAUGGUGUGUUUUUAGCUGUACAACAUAAAAGUGUAUCGCUAAUAAGUAUUGCUGUCUCUGCUGUGUGGCGAGUUCCACGGAGUUGCCUAACGGCUGUGCGCCUGCGAGGGAAGGCGAUCGCUUCACCGGGAGGAAUGAGCCCCGUACACCACAGCUCCCGCACUCACCGAUGAUCUCAAGAGACAAUGUUUAUAGAUACCUUACCGCUCGUGGUUUGGACGCUCUUAGUCACAACGACAAAUGUAGCGACACAAAGCCAAUAUGGAAUAGGCUUAGGAAUAAAACGAGAAGUAUUUUUCUUAAAUUUAGAAGACGGCUAUUUUGGCUGUCAAGUAAACGAAUCGACACAAAUAUUACAAUUAUAUGAAUUAUCAAAAUUAUGCGACGGUGUCAAGGAUUGCUAUAAGGGAUCCGACGAACUCGUGAAAGAGUUAAAAUGUACAGAUGAUUGUACCAAAGAAGAUGGCGCCCAGUGUAUAAAUGGUCGUUGUCUAAACGGGGUGUGCCAUUGUAAUGAUGGUUUCGGCGGCUGUAACUGUCAGGAACCAGAUGUAAAUGAAUGCAAAGACAGACCAUGCGAUGUUUUUGCACACUGUACCAACACGGUUGGUAGUUUCCAAUGUUCGUGUUUCCCAGGCUACGAAGGCGACGGUUUCACUUGCAAAGAUAUAAAUGAGUGUGAGGAUCCGGCAGUAGCGUCGCGAUGCGUUGCAAACGCUGAGUGCUGUAACCUGCCAGCUCAUUUUAUUUGCAAGUGUAAUCGAGGUUUCGAGGGCGACGGCGAAGAAGAGUGUAGAGACAUUGAUGAAUGUCGCCGACCUGGUGCUUGUGGAGUAAAUGCUGUGUGUCAGAACUAUCCCGGAAACUAUACAUGCGCAUGUCAGACUGGUUACACUGGAAAUGCUUUCGACGGCUGCGUAGAUAUCGACGAGUGCGCCCAGGAGGGGAGCUGCGGCGUGGGCGCGCUGUGCCGCAACGUGGAGGGCGGCUACGAGUGCAGCUGCCCGCCCGGCUACGAGGGCGAGCCUCGCGUCGCCUGUCGCGAUCAGGACGAGUGUGCACACGCCACUUGUGGCAUUGGCGCGAUUUGCGAGAAUCUUCCAGGCGCUUAUCGCUGUCUGUGCCCACCAGGUUUUGAAGGCAAUCCAGAAGUGCAGUGUAUUGACGUGGAUGAAUGUAAGAAUAGCGAAGCAGUGUGCAGUGAACACGCUAUGUGUACCAACACACUUGGCAGCUUCGUGUGCACUUGCAAGCCGGAGUACACAGGAGAUGCGCGAGUAGCGGGGGGGUGCCGAGACAUCGACGAGUGCGAAACACUUGAGCACCCUUGCGGCACUCACGCCAUCUGCGAGAACGCGGUUCCAGGAUACAAUUGCGUCUGUCCACAAGGUUAUAGAGCUCAACCAGACCCACAAGUUGCUUGCGAACAGGUGGACGUAAACACUUUGUGUAAAUCAAACUUUGAUUGUACCAACAAUGCAGAAUGCAUAGAAAGCCAAUGCUUUUGUAAAGAAGGAUUCGAUGCUCGUGGGUCCGUUUGUAUCGAUGUGGACGAAUGUGCGAAAAACCUUACCAUUUGUGGGGAAAAUUCACUAUGUUUAAAUACACCAGGAGGUUUUAAUUGUGAAUGUAUUAACGGAUUCGUUGGUGCUCCUCCACGAGUGGCUUGUCGAGCGCCAUGUGAAGAUGUGAAAUGUGGUGAUCAUUCUUACUGUAAGCCGGAUGGAAUAGAAGCAUACUGUGUUUGUGAAGAUGGCUGGACAUUUGAUCCAACAGAUAUAGCGGCAGGUUGUGUAGACAUCAAUGAGUGUGAUGCAUCAGUUGGACCAGUUGGCCGCUGUGGUAAUAAUGCACGUUGCACUAACACGCCGGGUAGCUUUACUUGCCAAUGUCCAGAAGGAUAUACCGGUGAUGCUUAUAAGCAAUGUUUAGAUAUUGACGAAUGUCAAAUAGAAGGUGCUUGUGGAGUUGGAGCAGAUUGCAUCAAUCGAGAUGGAUCCUAUACUUGCGAAUGCCCAGAAGGCAGUUUACCUGACCCAGAUCCUAGGAUGCGCUGUGUUGAAAUUCUAACAUGCAAAUCUGAUAACGAUUGUCCCGGUAAUGCUGUAUGUGAUCCAAACUCUAGGUGUCUGUGCCCAGAGCCAAAUGUUGGCAAUGAAUGCAGGCAUCCUUGCGAGGCUUUACAAUGUGGAAGUAAUUCAGAAUGUCUGCUGAAUGACCAGAUUGCGCAAUGUACAUGUAGAAGCGGGUUUGCAGGCGACCCGUCAUCACCUACUGGUUGUCAAGAUAUAAAUGAAUGUAUUGAUAGCCCUUGUGGACCUGGAGCAGUUUGUAAAAAUCUUCCUGGACGUUUCCUAUGCGAAUGUCCUGGUAUGUUCAGCGGCGAUCCCUAUGUCAAUGGCUGUGUUCCCGGAAAAAUGCCUAUUGAAUGCAGUAGUACCAAUCCAUGCCCUCAGGGUGAACAAUGCAUUUCACAUGACGGAGAAAAUGUUUGUGUCUGUACACAAGGUUUUUCGCGUAGCACUGAAACUCUAUUAUGUGAAGAUAUUAAUGAAUGUAUUCAACACGGUAGAUCUCCAUGUGGUCUAAAUGCUAUUUGUAAGAAUUUGCCUGGUAGCUACGAAUGCAAAUGUCCGGCAGAAUACAGUGGAAACCCUUACCAUCUCUGUGAAGUUUGUGACGAUAUAACAUGCCAGUGCCAACCGCCAUAUAAAGUUGUAGAUGGUAAUUGUGUACUCUCUGGGUGCACAAAAGAUAAUAAGUGUGGAAAAGGUGCAGAAUGUAUUGUUAUCUCUGAUGGAGUGAGCUAUUGCGCUUGUCCAGUUGGUUUCUCACAAACGGCUGAAGGAUCUUGUGAAGACAUAAACGAGUGUACGUCUGGACAAUCAGCAUGCGGUUUCGGCGCAGAAUGUGUAAACACGAUUGGCUCGUUCACCUGCAAAUGUCCAGCUGGCUAUAGCCAAGAUACAAUGUCCGGACAUUGCACACUAAAUCAAAAGCGAUGCAUAAGCGAUUCAGAUUGCUUCCCAAAUGAAAAAUGUAUUCAGCCUGGAAAAUGUGUAUGCCCGCCGCCAUUUUAUUUGGACGUUACAGACGGACAGAAAUGUAAAAGUCCAUGUGAGAGAUUUACUUGCGGCAUAAAUUCGAAAUGUACUCCAAGUGAUCCUCCUCGAUGCAUGUGUAUGACAGGUUACGAAGGAGAUCCUUACACGGGAUGUACAAAUAUAAAUGAAUGUCACAGCGCACCAUGCGCUUUUGGAGCUAUUUGUCACGACCAGAAAGGUGGCUAUCGCUGUGAGUGUCCUCCGAAUAUGGUUGGUGAUCCCUAUAAAAGCGGAUGUGAAGUUGAAGAAAUGCCAGCAGAGAAACGUUUAUGCCGAGCAGAUGAAGAUUGCGCGAAUACGCUCGCGUGUUUGAACAGCACCUGCCUGUCCCCAUGUACCAGUGUCUCAUGUGGAUUGAAUGCUUUCUGUGAAGUAGAAAACCAUGCUGCUUGGUGUCGCUGUAACCCAGGCUAUACAAAACCUGAAGGUGGCAAAUGUAUUUCUGGAUGUGAUACAUAUUCUUGCGCUUCUGGAGCCCAGUGUAUAAUAUCAAAGACUGGGCCGACUUGCGUAUGUCCAGAGGGAAUGGUUGGAAAUCCGUUCCCUGGAGGAGCAUGUAGAAGAGAUACUUGUGGGCCCGGCUUGCCGUGUGAACAGCCGCUUAUGUGUGUGGCGGGUCGUUGCAGACAGAGAUGUGAGGGUGUUGUCUGUGGCGUUGGUGCUUCAUGUGACCAACAGAGCGGGAAAUGUAUUUGCAAUGCAUUUUUUGUUGGAAAUCCUGAUUUACUUUGCAUGCCGCCGAUUUCUCCACCAUCAUGUGAACCUGGAUGUGGGCAAAAUGCACACUGUGUUUACGGCCAAACCAAUGCUUGCAAAUGCAACAAAGGAUUUACUGGAAAUCCGUAUAAAACGUGCUUACCACGAAGGCAAAUAACAUGUGCUAAAGCUUCAUGUGGUCUAAAUGCAGUUUGUCAGCAAACCAGAUCACAUGUGGAAUGUUUAUGUCCUCCAGGAUACAUUGGAAACCCUAACAUACAAUGUACGGAUGUAGAUGAAUGUGGAAGUAAGCCAUGUGGUGAAAACGCAAUAUGUAUAAAUACACCGGGAAGUUUUAGUUGUAUUUGUAAAAGCCGAUACGUUGGAAAUCCUUACGAGUUAUGUUCACAAGUUUCCAUUUCUAAAUGCGCCGAUGGUACCAUAUGUACUUGUUCCCAUAACGCCACAUGUCCUGAGGGAUUCAUCUGUGAAAAAUCGAAAUGUGUUGAUGUAUGUCGUACGAUGAUGUGUGGACCUAAAUCAAUCUGUGAAGAAGGCGAGUGUCACUGCCUACCUGGGCAUAGUGGCAAUCCUAAUGAUUUACAAAGAGGAUGCGUUCCUGAUAAUAAAUGCAUGGUAGAUGGAGACUGCAAGGAUUCAGAAAUAUGUUUCCAAGUCGCGAAAAAUGUUCGGAAAUGCGUAGAUUCUUGUAGCAAACUGCAGUGUGGUCCAAAUUCUCUGUGUAUUGGAGCCAACCAUCAAGCUCAUUGUAUAUGUGCUGAAGGGUAUGUUGGAAAACCCACAGAUGUGAAAACGGGUUGCCAUUUAAUUGUUCAAGAACCUCAUGAGCCUAAAUGUAAUGCAGAUAGUGAUUGCAAAAAACCUGAGGUUUGUAUUUCCGUAGACGGUACAGCGAAGCGCUGUUUUGAUUUAUGCUCAACUAUAGCCUGUAGUGCAAACGAAGUUUGCCGCGUCGUAGAAAAUAACCCACUAUGUGAAUGCAAAGAUGGUUUUCUUUGGAAUCCUCUAAAUUCUAAUUGUGAACAGCCCUCAACACCAAAUUGUAAGUCUAAUGAUGAUUGCGAGGACAACAAAUCUUGUCAAAAAGAUGUGCUUGGAGUAAAUAAGUGUGAUGACAGUUGUUCGUUGUUUACUUGUCCUCAAAAUUCAAAGUGUGUAACAAUAAAUCACAAAAGCCGAUGCGAGUGUCUAGCUGGAUUUGGAGGAAAUCCAAAUGAUCGUGAUGGAUGUAUAGCUAUUAAUAAGAAUCAAUGUUCAGAUGAUGCGCAAUGUAGAGAAAAUGAAGUCUGUAAAUAUGUGGGAGAUGUUAAAAAGUGUAUUUCUGCAUGUCAACAAGUAAUAUGCGGUCCUAACGCUGUCUGUGUUACUAACAACCACAUUGCAAAAUGUCAGUGUCCAUCAGGUCCGUUUACAGGAAAUCCAAAUGAUUUGGAAAAAGGAUGUCAAUCUGUGCCUUGCAUUUAUAACGCAGACUGUCCACCGCACGAAUUAUGCAAUCGUAUAACACAUUCGUGUAUGAAUGCUUGCGGGGAAGACUCCUGUGGUGAGAAUGCUGUAUGCAUAGCUGAAAAUCACAAAGCAAGUUGUCAAUGUCCUAAUGGCUACAAGGCCGAUCCUAUACCCGAUGUUAACUGCAAGAAGAUAGAAGUUUGCAAUCCUAAUCCAUGUCAUUCAACAGCUAUCUGUGAACCGAGACACUCAUCUUAUGUAUGCAGAUGCCCAACUGGGUAUGUAGAAGAUUUCAAUGGGGGUUGUAGAAGGCAAGAUGAAUGUUCUAAUGGCGAUGAAGACUGUCCAUUGGAAACAACAUGUGUGAAUAGACGGUGUGUAAAUCCGUGUGAUGGUGCCUGUGGAAUUAACUCGCUAUGUAAAGUAGUAAAUAGAAAAGCAAUUUGCAUGUGUCCUGAUGGUUACGAAAAUAUUAAUGGCAAUGCGUGCAAGAAAAAGUUACUGAUUUGCUCGAGUGAAAGUGACUGCAAUGGCGAUGUUUGUUCCAAUGGUCAGUGCUUUACUGCCUGUAAAAAUUCCACGCAAUGUGAUCCAGGAGAAGCUUGCGCUAAAAACUUCUGCAUUACCCAGUGCUCUAAACAUACGCAAUGUGGCAUAGGACAAGCUUGUGUCGGAGGACAAUGCUUGAUUGGUUGCAGAAGUCAAGAAGACUGCCCAAGCGAAGAGGCUUGUAUAAAUAACAGGUGUGUCAAUCCCUGUUUAUCAACAAAAGCAUGCGGGCCAAAUGCUAUUUGUUCAAGAAUCAACCAUAAUACCAAAUGCGAGUGCCCGCUUGGAUUUCAAGGAACACCAACACCUCAACAAGGAUGUGUGAGAAAACCAAGUUCAUGCUCGCGUACGUCUGAGUGUCCUCCUGAUCACAUGUGCAUUGGAUAUCUCUGUCAAGUUCCGUGUCAAGAUAAUUCUGGAUGUGCUAUUGGAGAAAAAUGUAGCGAUAAUAGAUGUCACAAAAUAUGUCAUUCCAGUAGCAACUGCUUACAUGGAGAACAUUGUAGUUCCGGCGUAUGCAUUCCUGGUUGUAAAACGAAUUCUGACUGCUUAAGUAAUCAGUUAUGUAAUGGAGGACAAUGUCAGUGCCUUCCUGGAUUCGAAUUAUCAAGUGAUGAAUGUCUAAACAUCAAUGAAUGUGUUGACAGUCCAUGCCACCCAUCAGCACAAUGUGUAGAUACCCCAGGCUCUUUCAAGUGCGUCUGCUCAGUUGGCGCCAUCGGUGAUCCUUAUACUAGCGGUUGCUUAUUACCAAACCAGUGUAGAAACGAUAACCAAUGUGAAGAUUCACUUGCGUGCAUUAGAGGAAAAUGUUCGAACCCAUGUCAAACUAAAACUUGUGGUCUAAAUGCUUUAUGUAAGGUUGUUAAACAUAGAGUUGCAUGUGCCUGUGAGAAAGGCUUCCUGGGAAAUCCGUUAGACAAGAAAAUUGGCUGCUUCAAGGUGGAAUGUAUAGAUGACCCUGACUGUUCAAGCGACAAAUUCUGUAACACAAGGAAUAACAAAUGUUCUGACCAAUGCGAAGAAACUUAUUGUCAGGGUGGCAUUUGUACUAUAGAAAAUCACAAAGCUCUGUGUACUUGCCCAACAGGGUAUGAUUUAGUCAACAAUGUUUGUGAAGACAUAAACGAAUGUUCAACUAACCCAUGCCCUUUGAAUGCAAACUGUGUAAACAAUCGAGGAUCAUAUUCAUGUAGUUGUGCAAAUGGAACUGUACUGGAUACAAAUACCGGGAAUUGCAGAUUACCAGGAGAGUGCUUUUCUGACGAUGAUUGUUCCGAUAAAACCAAAUGUGAAAACAAUUAUUGCAUUGACCCCUGCGAGAAGUCUUCGCCCUGUGGUGAAAAUGCUGAAUGCAUAGUCGCGAAACAUAAUCCUAUUUGUGAAUGUCCUACUGAUAGCCAAGGCGAUCCCUACAAACAGUGUGUCAAGUUUGAAUGUAUUAAAGAUAGUGAUUGUUCAUCAGAGGAAGCCUGUGUCAAUUAUAAGUGUAAAAACUCCUGCAGUAUACCUCGAGCAUGUGGCAAAAAUGCUGACUGUCUUUCAAGGAAUCACAUUGGUCAUUGUUCCUGUUCGUCUGGUUUUACGGGAGACCCUGUACUUGGCUGUGUGCCUAUUCAAUUCUGUACGGAUGACAGCAGGUGUUCAUCAGGAACUAAGUGUGUUGACAAUUUAUGUGUUGGUGUUUGUAAAAACUCAAGGGAUUGCUUGAAUGAUCAACUCUGUAUUCAAGGCACAUGUCGAGUUACUUGUAAUUCAAAUAGCACUUGCCCAGAUUUCCAAUUUUGCUUAAAUAGAAUUUGUACUAAAGAAGUACAGUGUACAUCCAACGAAGACUGUGAUGAUGAUGAACGGUGUACUGUAGGAAGGAAAGGAGUUCCACAAUGCGUUAAAGUUUGUGAAAGACAUCCCUGUGGGAGGCAAGCAGUGUGUGUUGGUAAAAAUCAUCAACCCGCUUGUUCAUGUGCGCCAGGCUUUUUCGGAGAUGCUCUUCAAGGAUGUAAGAGAAAAGAAUGUGAGGUGGAUACGCAAUGCUCUGAGGAUAAACAAUGCCAUCAAAAUAUGUGUAAAAUAGCUUGUCUAGUAGAAAACUCGUGUGGCGAAAAUUCCAUCUGUUCGUCUGAAAAGCACAACCAUGUGUGUUACUGUCAACCUGGUUACACGGGAGACCCAGCAAGGGGCUGUGUUAAAAUAAAUAGAUGUGCGUCUAAUCCCUGUGGCAAUGGAGCUGAGUGUAAAAACCUUAGAGAUAAAGCUCAAUGUGCUUGUCCUGUGGGAUACGUAGGCAACCCCUAUGAAGAGGGUUGUCGUAAGGCACAAGAAUGCAGAUUUAACCGAGACUGUCCUCCAGUGGCGCGAUGCACUGUCGUUGGUGGAAUACGAAAAUGCACUGAUGCAUGCGAAACCGUAAAGUGUGGUGCUAAUUCUGAGUGUGUUGCUACAAGACACCUUGGUCAAUGUAAAUGUAAGAGUGGAUAUGUUGGUAAUGCUGCUAGUGAUAAAGGUUGUAAGCUUCGAGAAGUAUCAUGUAAUGAAAGAAGCGACUGUGGCGAAGAUCAGUACUGUCAUAAGGGUCUUUGCAAAAGUUUAUGCCUCGUGGACGAAGAAUGUGGAUCAAGUGAGAAAUGUUACAAUGGACAAUGUGUCAACCCUUGUAAAAUGGAGAAAGCCUGUGGUUUGAACGCUUUAUGUCGAACUGAUAACCACGUUGUGCAGUGUAGUUGCCCUCAAAGUUUUACAGGAAAUCAAGAUAUUGAGUGUGUUAGAAUGCCCAGAUUAUGUGGUGCGGCAGGUGAAUGUGAAGAUGACUACAUGUGUCAAGAUGACAUGUGUGUUCCAAAGUGUACAUCUGAUGAAGAAUGUGCUUUGAACGAACGCUGCUCCAAAGGCACUUGCUUGUUGACGUGCCGUGUUGACAACGACUGUUUCUUAGGUCAUAUAUGUCUGGGAAAUAGCUGUAUGUAUGGGUGUAGACACGAUGAAGAUUGUGGACCAGACGAAUUUUGCAAAAACAAUGUUUGUCAAAAUCCCUGUGCAAACGACAUAAACCCUUGUGGCCCUAACGCAGUUUGUUCAGUGGUAGAUCGCAAAGCUUCAUGUACAUGCCAAGAAGGUUUAAUACCUAACCCAACUCCGAACAUAGGUUGUGUCCGAGCUCCAUCGUUAUCCUGCCGCAUGCACACGGACUGUGCUACAGGCUGGAGAUGUGAAGACGAUCGCUGUCGCCCAGCUUGCACAACUGAUGGCUCCCAAUGUUUGCAAGGUGAACGAUGCGAUGCAGGAGUUUGUAGAUAUGCCUGCACCUCAGAUGAACAGUGUUCAGACGAGGAGGUUUGUGAUGGUCGCAUCUGUGUGACGGGGUGUAGAUCUCAUUCCGAUUGUUCAGAUCAGCUAGCCUGUGUAUCAGGACAGUGUGUGGACCCUUGUACAGAACCUGCUACUUGCGGAGCUAAUGCAUUAUGUUCGACUAAAGACCAUCAACCAGUCUGCACAUGUCCGCCGACAUUAUUUGGAAAUCCAAAAACAGUAUGCCGAAGAAAAAUUUUGCCUUGCGACGAGAACGAGAACUGUCUUGAUGGAUUUAAUUGCUAUGGAGGAACAUGUCAACCAUCAUGUAGAGGUGAUAGUGUUUGUUUAUCCAACGAAAAGUGUAUUCGUGGUAUAUGCAGAGUUGUAUGUAACAGCAACGAAGCGUGCAGCAGAGGCUAUAUUUGUGAUGGCAGAAUUUGUAAACAAGGGUGUAGAGAUGAUAACGAGUGUGACAUUAACCAAGCUUGUCUGAAUGGACAAUGCAAAGAUCCGUGUGGUGAAAAUGCAGUCUGCGGAAUUUGUUCGGACUGUAAAGUACAAAAUCAUCGUGCUCAAUGUAGUUGCUCGAGCAAUUAUACCGGCAAUCCUCUUGUUGAGUGUAAAAAGAAAGCAAUGUUAUGUGACGGAUUUUGUCCUUGCGAUGACAGUGGAUAUUGUGUCUCACUCUGUGAAUCUGACCCGGAAUGUCCUUGUGGCGAGAAAUGUCUUAAUGGAGGUUGUAGGGCUGUUUGUUCAGUAACAAAUAAAUGUCCCGAAAGACAAAUAUGUCUAGACAAUCUCUGUGUACCUGGGUGUAACUACGAUGCGGAUUGUGGAGAUGAUAUGAUAUGCUCUUCAAAACUUUGCGUCAAAGCUUGCCAAGAAGAUACUUGUGGUAAAGACGCGGCUUGUUUUGCUAUUAAACACCGCGCUAUAUGCAAAUGCCCUAGUGGAUUUACCGGCGAUCCGUUGGAAGAAUGUAAAGCAUAUGAAUGUUCUAACAAUGAGGAUUGCGAUGCUGAUGAGAAAUGUUCGGAAGGAAAAUGUAAAAAUGUAUGCUUAGGAGCAUGUGGGGUGAAUGCAAUAUGUCGUGCACUUAAUGGCAAUCCACAAUGCUCUUGUCCACCUAAUUACAUUGGCAAUGCAAAGGUUGAAUGUUCUAAGCCCGCAGCAGGCAGCUGCUUGCGCAACCCCUGUGGGGUGAGUGCUCGCUGUCGUGACUUAGAAGACGGCAACUACGAGUGCACGUGCCCACCUAACUGUGCCGGCAAUCCUCAUAAACAAUGCUUUUGUGGAGCUAUGGAACCGUGUGCAUAUAAAUCAUGUGGCACCAAUGCGGAGUGUCAUAUCGGUGCACAUGGAGAAGCUCAGUGCUUCUGUCCACGUAACUAUCCUAACGGUGAUCCUAAUAUAGAAUGUGCCCAAGAACGGAGUGUAGUAGAUUGUAGAACAACAGGUUGUGGAAUUAAUGGGGAAUGUUUAAGAGAAGGCGCAGAAUUUGUAUGUCGAUGCAUUCCCGGCACAGAAGGCCAGGCUGAUGUCGAAUGCCACACCAGUAUCGAAUGUACGAGCGACAAGGACUGCCCAGUAGACAGAGCGUGUUUGAGCCUACACUGUGUGGACCCCUGCACGGUGCGCGGAGUGUGUGGAGAAGACGCCCUUUGUGUAACCUUGAUGCACAAGGCGCAGUGCUCAUGCCCGCAGUGCUAUACUGGGCAGCCACGCAUAUCAUGCCGCCUCGACCCUUCUUGCAAGUCCACGGAUGAACAUAACACAACCUUCACCUGUUCCGAAACUAAGUCGUGCCCAUCAAAACUAGCCUGCGAUCUCAGUACUAAUCAAUGCCGCAAUCCUUGCCUUGGAUAUCAAAAUUGUAGACGAAAUCAGAAAUGUGAAGUUCGGGAUCAUAGACCUAUAUGUGUAUGUCGGAAUGGAUUUGCCUUGAACGAAAAAGGAGAAUUAACUUGUGCACCCGAACAUGCAGAAUGCACAAGAGACGAACAGUGUCCGUCGAAUGCGGCCUGUCGUAAUUCCAAGUGUGUGAAUCCGUGCCAAGCGUCUGUAGAGCCCAUGUGUCCCAAGGGCAAACAGUGUGAAGUAGUAGAUCACCGCGCUAUGUGCGUAUGUGUCGAGGAAUGUAACCCAACAUUAUCAAUUUGCUUGAGAGAUAGCGGCUGUCCAAGUAACUUGGCAUGCAGAGAUUUUCAAUGCAAGGACCCAUGUAAUGGCGCUUGUGGUGGAGCUCCAUGCUCAGUAGAAGACCACCACCCAGUUUGCAAGUUUUGCCCUAGUGGAUUCACACACGAUGAAAAACAUGGCUGCGUUAAAGCGACAGAGUGCGGCGGGCACGAGCACUGUGCGCCUACGUUGGCGUGCAUCGGCGGCCGCUGCGCUGAUCCGUGCGCGCGCGGAGGCCCGUGUCUUAACGGCCAACACUGCGCUGUCGUCGAUCACCAACCUGUUUGCUCAAAGGUUUGUCAGUGCCAAACAUCAUCAGACUGCGCAAGAUAUCCAAAUACAUUUUGUGACGGCUGCGCUUGUAUUCGGGAACGUCAUCCCUCCACGAACUGCGCUCACUGUCGGCCAGGAGUCCCUUGCGACCCAUUCUCCGGUGCCUGCAUGGAAAAUGGAACUUAUGUCCCACUAACCGAAACUACAUCAGGAGGAACAAGUGAAUCCGCCACUACAAAAGAUAGGACUAUGUCUACUGACCCUAUUCAGUCCACUGAUACUAAUGACUCUCAUACGACUCGCAAUACAUUAAUUCCCGAUUACAUGACGACUGACUUUACCGUUACUGUUAGGAGCCAAAUAUCAACCACUUCAACAGAUUAUUUCGACAUUAAUACAGAGACAGACGAAACUUCUCUUAAAUCUACCACAUCUAAUGCAAAUGAUGAAUCAACUGAAAUUCCUUUUACUAGCUCUAGUAGUCUCAGUGUUAUUACUAGCUCUAGUAGUCUCAGUAACACAUUAAAUGAUAUAACUGAGACUGUUGAUAUUUUAGAAAACACGACUCCGAAAGCUUUCAAUUCCAUGGAAGAUUCUAAAAGAAUAGCUACAAUUGAUGAAUCUGAAAUUAAAACAGCUUCUACUGCUAGAGAAACAUUCAGCGGAAGUGAAAAAAAUACCAUAGAAGGAAAUAUACAAGACGCAUCAAGCUUUACAGGCUCUGUAAAGAGCUCAGAUUUAUAUGAUACUACUACUCCUCUAAAUGCAGUAACUAAUGCAAUGGAUAGUAGUGAAAGAGACCAUAGCACAAUUCUAUCAGAGACUCAAUUUAAACAAACUACCAAAACGUUGAGCAACAAUAUGAAUGAGUCAACCUAUACUCCUACAGAUCAUCAAAGUAAUGAUGUGACAACACAAAUUACUACGCCCUAUACAAAUAUCGAAGAUUAUUCGUCAAUUGAUUCUGAUAUCCUCUUGCAGAGUAGUAGUACAAUUCAUGUUGAAAGUACCAUAAAACCUUACACUAAAAAGAUUGUCGAAGGAAAUCAUUCCUCAACAGUUUCAAUUGAAAAUAAAAACACAAAAACCCCAGAAAAUCAAAGAAAACUGAACAGUAAUUACACAGGAAUUACUUUAGUGGAAGAUCUUCCUCAAAAAAAUAUAACUACUUCAACUUUGCCAACUAGCACUACAAGGUAUACAAACUCAGAAAAACAUACCGAAACGAGCAUUAAAUUAACUACAUUUGGGACAGCAGUUGACUCAAAUGUAGGUGAAACUAAUACAAAAAUGUUACAUGAAAAUGUUACGGAUAAAAUACCAAUUGAAGAGACUCACCGUGAUACUACCGCUCAUAGUACUUUUGCAACUGACGACAGUUAUACUACUCCAGAGACGUCUGAUACUGUUGCCAUCGACGAUGUUACAACAUUGAUUGAUGAUGUGCGUACGGCUAGUACGAUGGACGCAGAUGAAUUAAUAACACAAUCUUACAGUACUGUACAACUUACUGACAUAACAACAAAAUCAAUCCUAGUCACGGAAACUGAACAAUCUGACAAAAAAACACCAACCCAAUUUGACAUUUCAUCUGCAGAUUCUGAGACCACUUCUUCAUCGUCUAUUCCAGUAAUUUUGCGGGAACAAACCAAACUUAAUGACUUGUCUGGUAUAACUGCAACCACAAUGCCUACUCUAGACUUACAAAGUACACCAGAGCUCACUACUCAUACGGAAACUGAAUAUUCGAAUGAAAAUAACACGACAAUCGAAACUCAGGACUAUAGUAUUGUAGAAAAAUAUACAACCGCAACUUCAGCUCCAACACUUAGACCUAAUACGAAUUUUAAAACAAAUACAGUGUCUUUUGAAUCAUCAACAAUGCAAAUUAGUUUUGAUCAAAGCAGCUCUUCCAGUUACUCGGUUGAGUCUAAAACAGACACAAUGGAUCUCAAUACCAAUAAACCUAAUUAUGAAAAUGAUGGAACAACAAUUCAAUUCACAACAGACAUCGCCACGAAAAAAGCUUCUUUAGAAACAUCGACAAUACAAAUUAAAUCAGAUCAAAGUACCUCUUCCAAUUAUUUGGUCGAGACAACAAUAGACCCGUCUGAUCUCAAAACCAGUAAACUUAAUAAUGAAAUAGAUAAAUUCACGGAAGACAUUGUCACGAAUACUGUGUCACUAAAAACAUCAACAAUGAAAAUUGCAUUAGAUCAAAGUACCUCUUCCAGUUAUUCGGUUGAAUCAACAACAGAUACAACAGGUCUCGAUAGAAAUGAACCCAUAGAUCGAACAGACUUUACAGUCACGUCAGACAGCGUCACAUCAAAACCUAAAACCAUAACUGUUACUGAAAACAUUACUAAUAAAUCUGUGCAAAAUACGGCUACUGAAGACUCAAUGACCACAAUAGAUCAUAACACAGUAACAGAUAAAUUAUUUCCAAUACAAACUCAAGCAAUUGAGAAAACAACAAAAGGAAUAACAUCUGACAAUCCUAUACCAGGAAUAGAUUUUACAAAGGAACCUGAUAAUACGGCCACAAUAAAUUCAAAGGACGAAAUCACACAAUUUUAUUCAGGAACUACCGCUUCAGAAUUAACCAGAACUGACACAAUGAGACAUAUCUAUACAGACCCACCAGAAACGACCAGUACAGCUUCUAUUACAAUAGAAUCUGCAAAAACAGAAGGGGUGACCGUUUUUACAGGGACGACAGCCUUUAGAGAUUUUGUGUCUAGCACAAUGAACUUGGAAACAACUACGAAUCAACCUAAUUCAUUGCCAUUAGGAGAAUCAACUAUAGGACCUGAACUAAUUAAGACCUUAUUAACUGAGAGAAACGAACCUGUGACUUUCAUACCUGAUACAACUACACAGUCAAGUACAAUUGACGCUACACAAACAAAAGAUAGUGAUUUUUAUACAACAAUGAUAUUCGAUAAUGAAAAAGAAAUUACUUCUACGUUUUCAACAGUCGCCAACGAUAGAUCAGUAACAUUAACAUCAGAUCUGAUCAGUGAUAGACAAGUGAAUGUUAGUCAAAUACCUAAUACAUCAGUCACGCAAGAAACAGAUAGUGAUUUGGAAGAAUCUUCAUCAACAGCGAUAGACGAGAAAAUUCCAACUUCAACAGCAACAUAUGAUGAUGUAUUGAUAACGUCUUGGUAUCCAAAUAUAGAGACGACUACAUCACAAACGAUAACAACACUUAACGAUUUUGAAAAUACUGAGUUAACAUCCCAUUCAAAUGAAAAAAAUAUAUUUGAUGAAACAACAGCUUCAUCUACAGAAAUUGGUACUUCAGUUACAAACGAAAAUUCUGAAAACAUCCAUAAGUCACUUACCUCUACUGAACCUGACUCUGAUUUUACGGAAAACGGAAAAGUUGAUGGUAGCUCAACUUCUAGUAUACCGGAAGGGACAGUUACAACCGAAAAUGUUCACCUUGAUACGCGAACUACACAGACUAUAACACAAAAGCUACAUAGCGACAAGGAACUUAUUCCUGACCAUGUGACUAAAUCAUUAUCACUUACAACAGGAAGUGGGGCAUUUACUACAGAAACAGUAAACAGAUUGAAAGAAUCAACUACUUCUGACAAUGUAGAAUUUGAAAUAAAUAACAAGGAUACGUCUACAUCUGAUGUUAUACCAGUUACCACCGAGAGAAUGAGUGUCGAUAUGAGCUCCUUACCAAAUGCUAUAGCUACGCUUAAAAGUACGGAAACUAAUAUUUACUUUACAGAAAACAAGGAUGGUGACUCAUUAACAACGGAUUCGUUUAACAAAGACAGUGAAAGUACCACAGAUAGUGGGGUUGUUAGAAAAGAGACAGGGGUUACAUUUGAGCCUUCAGUACCCACUGACCAAACUUUGAUAAUAACAACAACCGCAGAAAAAUCCACGAGUUCAGAAAUAGAAAAUGAUUUAACGACUUUUAAAAAUUCUGACACUACUACUAUUGAAUCGGAAAUAAAAUCACAGACUCAGAUCCAAGAAGAUAAAAAUAUCUCAGUCACAUCUUUGCCUGCACAAGAAAUAGAUAAAAAAACCACUGAUAUCUCACCAGCUACAACAGACAAAAUAGAUAUUAAAAAAAUAACGGUAAUGCCAGUGCCCACUGAAAUGCUAGAAAGUCCAAGUUCAACCCAACUUAAUAAGGAUUCCACUGAUAUCAAUGAACUGAAUUUAAUAGAGUCAACCACCUCAGGAUAUGAGUUAACAUUCAAAAUGGAACAAGGUUUAGGGACUACUGAUGACAAGUUUGAUGUUAAGCAAACUUUUACGACACAAUUAUCUACACAGAGCAAAUAUACAGAAGUAUCAUACACAAACAUUCAAGACAAGUCAAUGUACACCACAUAUAAUCCAAGCACAGACAAAUUAGAAGAUGCAAUAGUAACAAAAAUCGAUAAAUAUACGACUAAAUCAUUACCACCCGAAACGGAUAGUACAACCUAUGUGAAUGUCGAAAAAAAUACUGAACAUAUAGGUACAUUUAGCACUCAAACAAAUGAUAAUGAGGUAACUGAUUCAACUAUAGCCGUAGAUCAAGGAAUGGCUGAAUCGACUAUUGCAAGUGACAUAACAACAACUAAAAAUCCAAUUGUACAUGAUAAUACUUUAAGUCUCGGAUAUACAACAGAUGACAUGAUGAUUGUUCACACAAAUGCUUUGAAUAAUGUAAUACAGCAUACAACAUAUUCAUCAAUAGAUAGAGAAACCAUAACUAGCGAUACCACUGGUUAUGCUACAGAAAAAAUCGUUGAUUCAACUACUGAUUUGGUACACAGUGAUGUUGAUGAAAAUAAAAUGACGGAUUCGUUUGUGACACUAGUAUCCACUCAAGCACAUAGCAUGCCAACUCCAUUAGUUGGUAUUCAUACUGAAAUUCCUAUGGAUUUGAAAAGUUCAACAUCAACUGAGGCACAUAUAACAAACAGUGUUCUUUUGGAAACUAUAUCAUCUGAAGUAAUAUCAACUACAAACAAAAUAAAUACAGAUAGUAUCUCUGAAACAACUGAACCUUCAACAGAGGUAAAAUCUCUCAAAGACUUACAAAAUACAUCACCAGAUUUAACGUCAACUACUUACACAACAGAGACUAGCGCACAACAGUCAGAAAAAGUUAUUACUGAAAUAACAACUCCAUUUAUGGAAAAUCAAAGUAUGGAUUAUGCUACAAGUAUAGGUGUAUCAGUAACCAAAGUUACAAAACAAGGUUUUAAAGAUUCUAAUGAUUUGGAUGCCAAUACAUUCACUUAUGAUAAUGUGAGCACUGAAACUACUACGAACGAAAUCGAUAGUACGGGUCAUACUGAUUCAAGUAUUAAUACAAGUUUGGGUGAAUUUGUGCCUCAUGAAGUGAAACUAACAACAUCUUUCAAUGAAAUGCAUGGUACCACUAGUGCCACGUCAGAACCAUUUUCUCCUAUCAUAACAACAGAAGUACAAAUUUCUACGAGCGACAAUUUACAAUACACUAUUAGUACAUCUAAGAGUGUACGUGACGAAAAUAGCGAAACGACACCUAUCACGACUGUUAAUCCGGAAGCGUCUUCUUCGGAGACUGUAACAGUUCAGCCUGAUACAAAUACUCCUAAACUGGUUUCCAAUACUUUGGAGGUUAAUUCAGAUAACCCUGAAAUGACAUUAGCUACGAUUUAUAACGAUAAUCGAUCUGAAAAUCACUAUGAAACGACUUCUAUUUCCAUAUCAAAUGAAUCGGUAACAUCCUAUUUCGAUCAUAGUACCAGUACGACAAAUGGUUUAACUUCGACCAUACAGAAUACAAACGAUGAUUUUAUUUCAUCUACUGAAACUGCUAUACCAAUAUUGAAUAGUGAUACCGACAAAAUAAUUAUAACGAAAAAUUAUGAAACAACAAUUUCUUUAGUUAAAGAAAAUCAUAAUCUUACAACAACUCAAAAUACAAUUACUGAAGAUAUAGAAGACUCCUUAACAUAUACUACAAUUAGUAAUACUGAAAUUUCUCCUAAAACACAACACAACAUUAUUAGUACUUCUACUGAAAGUUUAUCAUCUCGUAGAAAAGGCGACGAUAUUUUUGCAUGGACUGAUACUACUUUAGUGACUGACAUGACUACUACAGAAACCACUGUACAAAGUACAGACUUACACAUUAACACUUCUUGUAAAAUAAACGUGAAUUGCCCGACGCAUAAGGCCUGCCUAAAUGGAGUAUGCCAGGAUCCCUGUCAAAUCCCUGGUUGUACAAAGAACGAAUCAUGUAUAGUUGUCAACCACGCUGCUGUUUGUGUGUGUGAUGACUCCACUGGAAUACACUGUUCUCGUAAAGAACCACCUGGAACACCCAAGGUACCAGAACCUUGUCACUCUGAUCGGGACUGUAUAGAGACUGAAGCCUGUUUUAUGGGAUUAUGUCAAAAUCCCUGUGAGUUCGACAACGUAUGUGGCAUAGGAGCCAAUUGCCAACCAGUAAAACAAAGGCCUAUGUGCUCGUGCCCCGCCGGGCACGAUGGAGACCCUGCUGUUAAGUGUUCACCUAAAAUAUUUGGUUGCACUCGAAAUGAAGACUGUCCCUUGACUGAAGCUUGUAUAAAUAGUGCAUGUCAACACCCAUGUGCCAUACACAAUCCGUGCGCACCUAAUGCGGUCUGUAUAAACACAAACCAUGGAUCAGACUGUAGCUGCGCUGAAGGAUUCCAAGGAAAUGGCUACGUCGGAUGUGUACCAGUAAUACCUUCAGGUUCAGUUUGUCAGUAUGAUGAGGAUUGUCCUCCAGAACUGCUUUGUGAUCGAUUAAACAGAGUUUGCAUUAAUCCUUGUGCUGUGAACAAAUGCGGAGAUAACGCAGAAUGCUUACCAUCAAAUCAUGGCAUUGAAUGCAAAUGUUCAGCUGGAUUUACUGGGAACCCAUUCUUAGAAUGUUUCCAAGUGCAGGGAUGUCGUUCUGAUAAUGAAUGCGCAAAUUCAGAAGCUUGUAUUAAUGGAAAAUGUGGAUCUCCGUGUCGAUGUGGUACUAACGCUGUUUGUGACGUCUUAAAUCAUCGCGCGUCGUGUAAAUGUCUGCCUGGUUACACUGGGAACCCCCAGCAUGGGUGUGAACCACCAUCUAAUCCAUGUAUUCCAAAUCCAUGUGGAACAAAUGCAAUGUGUGAAAUUGAUAAUGGCAAUCCAAUUUGCUUUUGUCCUAAGGGAUUAACAGGAAAUCCUUUCAAAAAUUGCAUUCCUGAAGGCAACGAAUGUGAACCAAAUCCAUGUGGACCAUUCUCUGGGUGCAGACUAAUUGACAACAAACCCGCUUGUUUCUGUCUACCGAAUUAUGAAGGUGAUCCCCCACGCCAACCAUGUCGGCUACCAAAUAAUCCAUGCAAUCCAUCACCUUGUGGACCUAAUACACAAUGUACAAUACAAUCAAACGGGUUUGCAAAAUGCACAUGUUCACCAGGGUAUAUCGAAAGCCCUAAUACAAUCAGAGGCUGCGUGGAAUCUCGCAAUCCUUGUGAACCAAAUACAUGCGGUGUCGGUGCUCGAUGCGAUCCGAAUAGAUCGCCGCCUUGUUACUGUCCCGAAAACGCAAUUGGAAAUCCUUACAAGUCUUGCAACAGACAAGGUUACCUGCCACCCGAUGUGCUUUGCCAACCAGGUCCAUGUGGACCUAACGCAGAUUGCUAUGUAAGCGGCAAUAUGGAAAUGUGUUUCUGUAAGACUGGAUUCACGGGAGAUCCUCAUGUUGGCUGCCAACCUCAAAGAAGUCCUUGUACACCGAAUCCAUGCGGACCACAAGCUAUUUGCCAAGUUAAUUAUGAAGGACAGGCGUUGUGCUUGUGUCCCGAGGGUAGUUUAGGUGAUGCUUACGGUGUUGAUGGAUGUCACUCUCGAGAAUGUGAAGUAGAUGACGAAUGUAAAUUAAAUAGAGCUUGCAUAGGAUACGCCUGUCGAGACCCUUGUCCCGGGGCCUGUGGAAUGAAUGCAAAAUGUCGAGUUGAAUCGCACCGACCAGUUUGUAUUUGUGAAGAUGGAUUUGUUGGUAAUCCUCUGAUGAGUUGCUUACCACCAGGAGAUCAAAAAUCGAAUUCCAAAAAACCUUGUAACACUGCUCAAUGUGGUUUAAACGCUAUUUGUCAAGACGUCGGUGACAAAGCUUUAUGUUUCUGUCCUCCGGACUUCUUUGGAGACCCAAGCGUAGAAUGCAAACCUCAAUGUACAAUGAAUUCGGAUUGCUCAUCAAACGAAGCGUGUAUCAAUAAAAAGUGUACAGAUCCAUGUACAUUUAACAACGUGUGUGGAAUUGGCGCAGUGUGCUUGUGCACAGAACAUACGGUGUCUUGCCUGUGUCCAGAUGGAUAUAUUGGUGAUCCAUUGACUCAAUGUCUUUAUCGCCCAAUCAUUAUUGGGUCUGAUAAUUCAACAAUUCCACCCUGUUCACCAAAUGACUGUGACCACAAUUCUCCAUGCGAUACCUAUGGAAAUCAAUUUGUAAUUUGUGAUGCUUGUGUUGGGCCGAAUGCUGCCAACAACCCGGCUUGCAGACCAGAAUGUAUGUUUAAUUCGGAUUGCGCCUUCAAUAAAGCCUGUUUGAGGAAUAAAUGUACAGAUCCCUGCCCAGGUGCCUGCGGUGUCAACGCUUUAUGUUCAGUUUACUACCAUGACCCUAUUUGUCACUGUGCUGAAGGAUUCGAAGGAAAUCCAUAUGAACACUGUAAACUAAUAACAAAUCCUGUUUUAAUUGAAACUUGCGAUAAUGUACGGUGUGGUGCUAAUGCAGUAUGUGAAGACAGGAACGGUGCUCUCACCUGCAAAUGUUUGCCCAACUUUUAUGGAAACCCAUAUAUAUCAUGUCGUCCUGAAUGCGUCGUCAACAGCGACUGCUCACCAGAAUUGGCGUGUUUGAAUAAUAAAUGCGAAAGCCCUUGCAAGGAUAUAUGUGGAAUUGGAGCCUUAUGCAAAACCGUGAACCAUCACGCGGUUUGUUACUGUCCGACCGGAAACACAGGUGAUCCUUAUGUGCGAUGCCAAACUGCCGUUGUAGGACCACCCUCGUUGUCUACAUGUGAUCCGUCACCCUGUGGAGCAUUCAGCCGUUGUCUUGUAUCGUCAUCUGGAUUUGCUGUAUGUUCAUGCUUACCAGGACAUAGAGGGAUAGCACCGAUGUGUCAACCAGAAUGUGUCAGUAAUUCAGACUGUUCUCAAACAGAGACUUGUGUAAAUCAACGGUGCUCUAACCCAUGCCAAGGUAGUUGUGGUGUGAAUGCAGAUUGUAUAGUAGUAAAUCAUAAUCCAAUAUGCAGCUGUAGCCCUGGACAAACUGGAGACCCGUUUGUGGCUUGCGCAGAUGCCAUAGAUCCAUUGCCUGUUGAUAAAAAUCCAUGUGUACCAUCACCAUGUGGCCCCAACUCUGUAUGUGAAAUUAAAUCUAAUCAUCCGGUAUGCUCCUGCCGCCCGAAUUAUUCAGGCACUCCGCCCUUCUGCAGACCAGAGUGUGUCAUAAAUCAGGAAUGUCCAUCUAACAAAGCCUGUAUCAAUGAAAAAUGUGCGGACCCAUGCCUAGGCGCAUGUGGGAAUAAUGCGAAAUGUAAUGUCAUCAAUCAUACCCCACUCUGUAGCUGUCUAGAUGGAUAUAAAGGCGACGCAUUUGUAGGAUGUGUUACAGCCAAGGGUGACACACAGUCGCCAUGUAACCCAUCACCUUGUGGAGAUAAUACAAUAUGCACGGUGGUUAACGAUGUAGCUCGAUGCUCAUGCAUACCUCCCAAUAUUGGCAACCCGUACGCAGGUGGCUGUAGGCCAGAAUGUACAAUAAACUCCGACUGUCCAAAUCAUCUUGCUUGCCUGUCAAAUCACUGCCGAGAUCCGUGCAAAGACUUAUGUGGCGUUAACGCAGAAUGUUCGGUCACUAAUCACAUUCCAGUCUGCACAUGUUUCAAUGGUUACGAAGGCGAGCCAUUCUCUUCAUGCCGUCGGAAAUCAACUCCACCAACGAAUUUCAAACCUUGCGAGCCAUCUCCCUGCGGAGCCAACAGUGAAUGUCAUGUGGUGAACGACCGCGCCGCUUGCUCCUGUCGUGCUGGCUACCUGGGAGCCCCACCUGCCUGCCGCCCUGAGUGUUCGGUCAGCUCGGAUUGCCCAACAAACAAAGCUUGCCUCGGUAACAAGUGCAAAGAUCCUUGUCAACAUAGCUGCGGCUUAGACGCACGCUGCCAUGUUGUAGGGCACAACCCUAUUUGCACUUGUCCAGAAAACUUACCAGAAGGAGAUCCAUUUAUCAGAUGCUACAGAGAAAGUAUUAUUCAUCCAGCACCAGAUCCAUGCUUGCCAUCUCCAUGUGGACCACAUUCUUCAUGCCGGAACGAAGCCGGUCGUGCAGUCUGUUCUUGCGAACCGGGAACCUUAGGAGCGCCGCCAUCUUGUCGUCCGCAAUGCGUCAUCAACCAGGACUGUCCCUUGGCACUUGCCUGUCUGGGUGGCAACUGUGUCAACCCGUGUGUUGGGUCUUGUGGCUUCAACGCGCGUUGCAUAGUACAAAAUCAUCAACCAGUUUGCUCCUGCGACGAAGGUUUUUCGGGUGAUCCGUUUGCUGGCUGUAACCCUAUAACAAUUUCGAAAGAUGUACCUCAUCAACCUUGCAAUCCAUCACCUUGUGGACCUAAUGCCAUUUGUCGUGAAAGGAAUGGUGCUGGUUCUUGUACAUGUGUAGAUGAAUUUUAUGGUGAUCCAUAUCGUGGAUGUCGUCCAGAAUGCGUGAUGAACACUGAUUGUCCCAGAGAUAGAUCUUGUUUCAAUAAUAAAUGCGUGGACCCGUGCUCUGGAGCCUGUGGACAGAAUACCGAAUGUAGAGUUGCCAACCAUGCACCCUCAUGUUACUGCUUGCCUGGAUAUAGAGGAAAUCCUCUUCAUGCAUGUACUCCUGUUUCAUCUAUACCAGAACCUUCGGAUCCGUGCAAUCCCUCACCUUGUGGGCCCUACAGUAAAUGUCGCGUAUUUAAUCGGCAUGCUGUUUGUACAUGCCUUGACCUAUGCGUUGGUUCUCCACCAAAUUGUAGGCCAGAAUGUAUUGUCAGUUCUGAUUGCCGACCAGAUAAAGCAUGUAUUAAUCAAAAAUGCCAGGAUCCGUGUCCUGGUAUGUGCGGUAUUGACGCUCAGUGUCAAGUUGUGAAUCAUAAUCCAAUUUGUAGCUGUCAUAACGGAUACACAGGCGAUCCCUUCGUUAGAUGUUUCUUUGAAGACAGACAAAUGGAACCAAUAAAUAAUUGUUUACCUAAUCCAUGUGGUUCACAUUCGCAAUGCAAGGACGUCAAUGGUCUAGCAGUAUGUUCUUGCUUUGAAAAUUAUGUUGGGCGUCCUCCUAACUGCAGACCAGAAUGUAUGAUUAACGUUGAAUGCCCGGGUAACUUGGCAUGCAUUUCUCAAAAAUGCAGUGACCCUUGCCCAGGAUCUUGCGGGUACCACGCGAGUUGCGCUGUUGUCAAACAUAUACCUGUGUGUACAUGUGACCAAGGUUAUACCGGCGACCCAUUUUCGGGAUGUUCCCCUAUACCAACCAUUGAACCUACAGUUGAAAGUCCGUGUUCACGAUCACCAUGUGGGGCGAACGCUAUUUGCAAAGAAAGAAAUGGAGUAGGAUCAUGCACUUGCCUUCCGGAUUACUACGGAGAUCCAUAUGUGGAAUGUCGUCCAGAAUGUGUAUUAAAUUCAGACUGUCCCAAAGAUAGGGCUUGCAUUAACAAUAAAUGUAAAGACCCUUGCCCUGGAGUGUGUGGAAUGAAUGCUGAAUGCCGCGUAAACAAUCAUGCUCCCGCUUGUGCGUGCCUGCCAGGCUAUGAAGGAAAUCCGUUUACAUCUUGUUAUUUACGCCAAAACGACAUCCCAAUUGAUCCGUGCCUACCAUCACCUUGUGGGCCGUACAGCAUAUGCCGUGUCACCAGUGGACAUGCAAUAUGUUCAUGCCAAGAACAAUAUUUUGGUUCACCGCCUUUUUGUCGGCCUGAAUGUUUGGUCAGCAGUGAAUGUAUGCCUAAUAAAGCUUGCAUCAAUCAGAAAUGUGUCGAUCCAUGUAUCGGAGCUUGCGGAAAUAACGCAAAAUGCACUGUAGUAAAUCAUAAUGCACAAUGUAGUUGUCCUCCGAACUACGCCGGAGAUCCAUUCGUGCAUUGUACCUUUGAAAAAAGACCGGAACCGAAGCCUUCUGGAAAUCCAUGCAUACCGUCACCCUGUGGGCCAAAUUCACAAUGUAGGUUAAUAGGAGAAACCCCAGCUUGCUCUUGUCUAUCUGGUUAUAUAGGAAGAGCACCAAAUUGUCGCCCCGAAUGUAUAUACGAUGAAGAAUGUCCAAGCAACCUAGCUUGUAUUCGUGAAAAAUGCGUAAAUCCAUGCGAAGGGUCCUGUGGUUCAAACGCAGAAUGUGUUGUCAUUAAUCAUAAAGCAAUUUGUCAUUGUCGCGAAAGCUAUACGGGAGACCCAUUUAGUGGUUGCUAUUUUAUUGUAACAAUACCAAGUGAAGACGAGACAAACCCAUGUAACCCGUCACCUUGCGGUCCAAAUGCAGUGUGUACUGAAAGGAAUUCAGUGGGGGCCUGUACAUGUACGCCAGAAUAUUUUGGAGAUCCAUAUUUGGGUUGUAGACCUGAAUGUGUCACAAAUAAUGAUUGCCCAUACGAUAAAGCUUGUUCUAACAAUAAAUGUGUAGACAUAUGCCAGGGUGCGUGCGGGAUAAAUGCCCAGUGUACCGUGGCACAUCAUACACCAGUUUGUCUCUGUAUUGAUGGUUAUGACGGUAAUCCAGUCGUAUCUUGUCAUCCUCAAAGAAAGCCUCCAAUCGCAGAUUUCAAUCCAUGCAUACCGUCACCUUGUGGGCCUUACAGCAAUUGUAAGGUAGUAGAUGAUCAUGGAGUAUGUUCAUGUCGGGAAGGGUAUGUGGGCUCACCGCCUACUUGUAGACCAGAGUGCAUUAUAAGCACGGAUUGUCCUCAACACCAAGCAUGUAUAAAACAAAAAUGUAGAGACCCGUGCCCGGGAACGUGUGGUCUCAAUGCAAGAUGUCAAGUAAUAAAUCAUAAUCCGAUCUGUACAUGUAGAGCCGGAUUUACUGGGGAUCCCUUCGUUACUUGUCGUUUGGAGCAAAAAACUAUCUUAGACGUGCCUAAAGGAAAUCCAUGUGUUCCUUCACCAUGCGGUCCAUACUCUCAAUGUAAAGUAGUGAGCGAAGCGCCUGCAUGUUCAUGCUUGCCGAACUAUAUUGGUGUUGCACCAAAUUGUAGACCUGAAUGUUCUAUCAACGCUGAGUGUCCUGGUAAUCUUGCAUGCCAAAAUGAAAAGUGUGUGGAUCCGUGUCCUGGCUCUUGUGGUUUUAACGCAGAAUGUUCUGUAGCGAAUCAUGUAGCACUUUGUAGCUGUUUAUUGGGAUAUACAGGUGACCCUUUCAGUGGUUGUUCACCUUUUGAACAACACCCAGAGCCGCCACCCAAUCCAUGCAGUCCAUCCCCUUGUGGCGCCAAUGCAUUAUGCAAAGAACGAAACGGCGUUGGCUCGUGCUCGUGUCUGCCAGAAUACUUUGGUGAUCCUUACACAGGGUGUCGCCCAGAGUGCGUAUCCAAUUCUGAUUGUGAUCGUAACAAAGCCUGUUCAAAUAAUAGGUGUAAAGAUCCUUGCCCGGGAGCUUGUGGUAUUAAUGCGGAAUGCCGAACUGUAAAUCAUUCUCCGACAUGUACUUGCCUGACAGGUUACAAUGGUAACCCACUUGUCAGAUGUGAAAUAGAAAUUGUUACGGAAAGUUCUAAGGUUCCUUUGGACCCUUGUCAACCGUCACCAUGUGGUCCUAACAGCUUAUGUCGUGUGAUAAAUGGACACAGUGUUUGUACAUGUGAAAGUGACUACAUUGGCACUCCACCUUCCUGCCGCCCUGAGUGUAUCGUCAGUUCUGAAUGUCCGCAAGAUAAAGCUUGCAUUAAAAAGAAAUGCAAAGAUCCAUGCCAAGAUUCUUGCGGCGUUAACGCUCGGUGCCAAGUUAUUACACAUAAUCCUAUUUGUACAUGCAGUCCUGGAUACACAGGAGAUCCGUUUACACAGUGCAAAUUAAUAGAGCGUGAUGUGCCCCCCUCAACCAAUCCGUGCGUGCCUUCCCCUUGCGGGCCUAAUUCCGAAUGUCGUGUUAUUGGAGAUCAGGCUGCUUGUUCCUGUUUAACAAAUUACAUUGGCAGAGUGCCAAACUGUAGACCAGAAUGUACUAUAGAUCCUGAAUGUCCUAGUAACACAGCUUGUAUUAAUGAGCGUUGUAAAGACCCGUGUCAAGGAGCAUGUGGAGUUAAUGCUCUUUGUUUGACUAUUAAUCACAAACCAGUGUGCUCUUGUCAACAAGGCUUUACUGGUGACGCUACGAGAAAUUGUAUUCAAAUUAUAAUAUCAUCAACCGAAAUGACUCCAACCUCAAGUCCCUGUACGCCAUCGCCUUGUGGACCUAACGCUGAAUGCCGAGAAUACAAUGGUGCAGGGGCUUGUGUCUGCUCCGAGGGUUACGAAGGUGAUCCAUACAGUACGAACGGAUGUCGCAGAGAAUGUGAGAGUAACGACGAUUGCACACCAAACUUGGCAUGCACACGAUUCAAGUGUAUAGACCCCUGUCCAAGAACUUGUGGCCAGUUAGCCCAAUGUACCGUUGAAAACCAUAUUCCUGUUUGUACAUGUCCGAGAGGAUAUACUGGUGAUCCUUUCUUCCAGUGUAAAGAAAUAACCGUAUCACCUACUCCUCCGCAAAAUCCGUGUGAACCUACACCUUGUGGUCCAAACAGUCAGUGCAGACAAGUGAAUAUGCAAGCAGUAUGUUCGUGUCUGCCGAAUUACAUUGGAUCACCGCCGUCAUGUCGACCUCAGUGUAUUGUAAAUAGCGAAUGUGACACAUCUAAGGCUUGCAUCAAUCAGAAAUGUGAUGAUCCUUGCCCACAUUCCUGCGGUUUAAGAGCACAUUGUAUAGUGAAGAACCAUAGUCCUAUUUGCACUUGCCCAUUAGGCAUGACUGGUGAUCCUUUCACACAAUGUUAUGGAAUUCCAUCCACCACAACUGAAAGGCCUCCAUCUUGUACUCCUUCGCCGUGUGGUCCUAAUUCACGUUGUCAGUUAUUAGCAAGUGGACCAGCUUGCUCAUGUUUACCUGGCUAUGUGGGCUCCCCGCCUUCUUGUCGGCCAGAAUGUACCAUUAAUGCCGAAUGUCCGGCAUCACUUGCCUGUGUUCGUCAAAAGUGUGAAGAUCCGUGUCCAGGAUCGUGCGGAGUGGAUGCAUCAUGUCAUGUUUUAAACCAUGUAGCUGUUUGUGUAUGCAAUGAAGGAUAUACUGGCGAUCCUUUUGCAAGAUGUUUGCCUAUCCUCGAAGAUUCUACGACACCUGCGCCUUUGGAUCCUUGCAAUCCAUCCCCAUGUGGUGCAAAUGCUGUAUGCGAUAACGGAUUCUGCACUUGUUUAGCUGACUACAGUGGUAAUCCUUAUGAAAGUUGCAGACCGGAAUGCACGGGAAGUCAAGAAUGUCCGAGGGAUAAGGCAUGUUUCAGAAACAAAUGCCGUGAUCCAUGUCCGGGCACAUGUGGACAGAAUGCUAAAUGUGACGUUAUAAAUCAUAUUCCCACAUGCUCCUGUAUGACAGAAUACACCGGGAACCCAUUCACACAUUGCCGCCGAAUGGAACAAGAAAAACCAAGGCCAAGAGAUCCUUGUCAUCCAUCGCCAUGUGGACCUAACAGUAUUUGUAAAAACGUCGAUAACGCUGCUAUAUGUGCUUGUCUCGAAGGGUUCCAAGGCUCGCCACCAGCCUGUCGACCGGAAUGCGUUGUUAGUUCCGAAUGUCCUUCUACCAAAGCUUGCGUUAAUCAAAAGUGCAUCAAUCCAUGUAUUAAUGCGUGUGGAAUAUCUGCGCGCUGUGAAGUUAUAAAUCACAGCCCAAUUUGUAGCUGCAAUUCGGGACAAACAGGAGAUCCAUUCAAAAGCUGUUAUGAUAUUGUAGAUCCAAAAGUAGAACCAGUGGAUGCAUGUAAUCCAACUCCGUGUGGUCCUAAUUCACAAUGUAUGGAAAGAAAUGGAAAGGCAAAUUGCAGAUGUAUCGAAAACUACAUUGGACAGCCGCCAAAUUGCAGACCAGAGUGUGUUAUUAAUCCUGAUUGCCCUUCUAAUCAAGCAUGUAUAAAGAAUAAAUGCAUUGAUCCAUGCCCUGGAUCUUGCGGAGUAAAUGCUGACUGCAUCGUAGUGAGCCACACGGUUUCAUGUAGCUGCCGAGAAAGGUUUACAGGCAAUCCAUUCAUGCAAUGUGUUCCUGAAGAGGAAAAUACUGUUCAACCCUGUGAUCCAUCGCCGUGUGGAGCAAAUGCAGUUUGUAGCCAACGAGACGGUGCUGGAUCAUGUUCGUGCCUGGAAGGAUAUCAAGGAAAUCCCUAUGAUGGUUGCCGUCCAGAAUGUGUCCUGAGCUCCGACUGCCCUGCUGAUAAAUCAUGCAUAAGAAAUAAAUGCGUAGACCCCUGUCCAGGCAUUUGUGGUAGAAAUGCAGAAUGUAACGUUAUUAACCACGUUCCAAGUUGCGCAUGCAUCAAAGGAUAUACUGGAAAUCCAUUUGACCAAUGCAUAAAAGAACAACCUAUAGAAAUUAUUAAACCAUGCCAGCCGUCUCCUUGUGGUCCCAAUAGUAUUUGUAGGGAAAAUGGUGGACUUGCUUCCUGCGAAUGCCUUCCGGACUAUCGAGGUGCACCUCCUGAUUGUAGACCAGAAUGUACUGAUAGCAGCGAGUGCCCAUCAGAUCGUGCUUGCCAUCGAUUAAAAUGUGCUGACCCUUGCAGAGGAACAUGUGGCAUAGGAUCUCAUUGUCAAGUUAUUAAUCACAGUCCUUUAUGUAGUUGCCCAGCGGGUAUGACUGGAGACCCAUUUAUAAAGUGCAUUGAAAUAGCGAAGGUUGACAACGACGUAGAUCAGCCAAUUCAUCCAUGUCAACCAAAUCCUUGUGGAGCAUACAGUGAAUGUCGCCCGAUUAACAACAGUCCAUCGUGCUCAUGCAUUCAAGGAUAUCUAGGUGCUCCACCAAACUGCCAUCCAGAGUGCCUUGUCAAUACAGAUUGUCAGUCGCACCAAGCAUGUAUUGCUGAGAGAUGUAGAAAUCCAUGUGAAGGUUCCUGUGGUUUCAGAGCUGAAUGUCGCGUACAUGAUCAUAUACCUAUUUGUAGUUGUCCUACCGGUUACUCUGGUGAUCCAUUUAUCCAAUGUGUUGAAGUGAUAGAUAUACCAACGACUUCACCCGAUCCUUGCAAUCCGUCUCCAUGCGGUAGUAAUGCAAUUUGUAAUGGCGGCGCCUGCUCUUGCGCGCCUGGAUAUUUCGGAGAUGCUUAUACUGGUUGUCGACUCGAAUGUAGUACCAACGGUGAAUGUUCUCCAACUCGUACGUGUCAAAGAGGCAAAUGUGUUGAUCCAUGCCCAGGUGCUUGCGGAACGAAUGCAAUUUGUUCAGUCAAUAACCAUAUACCUUCCUGCACCUGCUCUCCUGCUACCUCAGGAGAUCCAUUUACCCUUUGUUCAGAUAUACAAAAAGAUAUUACCAUACAAGUAUCACCAUGUUCCCCCUCUCCGUGUGGCCCGUAUAGUGAAUGUACAGUGAGUAAAAAUGGUGCUGCGGCUUGUUCUUGCAAGGCAGGACACGUUGGAUCGCCUCCUUCUUGUCGGCCGGAGUGCCUCGUGAGCGCUGAAUGCAAAUUACAACUAGCCUGUAUUGAUCGUCGCUGCCGCGAUCCUUGUGAAGGAGCUUGCGGUCGCGGAGCUCGUUGCCAAGUCAUUGCGCACUCACCAAUUUGUACAUGUAAUGAAGAAUAUACUGGAGAUCCUUUCUCCUAUUGUUAUCCAAAACCAGCCCCACCACCAGAACCAAUUAACCCAUGUGAGUCAUCGCCAUGCGGUCCGAAUUCAAUUUGUCUGAACUCUGGAGACACACCUGCGUGUAGUUGUCAGCCUGGUUUUAUAGGAGCUCCACCAAACUGUCGCCCAGAAUGCACCAUAAGCGCAGAAUGUCCAGCAGCUUUAGCUUGUGUAGCGCAGAAGUGUAAGGAUCCGUGCGAACAAGCCUGUGGCCCACGAGCAAUUUGUUCUGUGGUCGAUCAUCGUGCGAUCUGCGCCUGUGAACCAGGCCUUGAGGGUGAUCCCUUCCAGGGCUGUUCACAGUCAAAAGCUCCACCAAAGGUCGAAUAUCUAAAUCCAUGUGAACCAUCCCCUUGUGGUGCAAAUGCCGAAUGUAAAGUACAAGGAAAUGCUGGAUCGUGCUCGUGUUUGCCUGAUUAUUUUGGUGACCCUUACCAAGGUUGUAGGCCUGAGUGUUUAGCUGAUUCAGACUGUCCCUUGGUUUUGGCAUGCAGCAGAAAUAAAUGUGUAGAUCCAUGUCCGGGAAUAUGUGGGUAUAACGCAGACUGUUAUGUCACAAACCAUAAACCGAUAUGUAACUGCAAGUCUGGAUACACUGGGACUCCAUUAUCAAUUUGUCACCCCAUAAGAGAAAACGACAUUUCAGUUGUAAACGUUUGUAACCCGUCGCCCUGUGGAAUAAACGCUAUUUGUAAAGAAGUAAAUAAUCAGCCUGUUUGUUCAUGCCUACCAAAUUAUUUGGGUACACCACCAAACUGUAAGCCAGAGUGUAUGAUGAACUCUGAGUGCAAGUCUAACCGGGCCUGCGUUAAUCAGCGAUGCAUAAAUCCUUGUCCUAAGCCGUGUGGACAAAAUACAGAAUGCAAAGUAAUUAAUCACAGUCCUGUGUGUACUUGUCGUUCGGGUUACUCUGGAAAUGCAUUCACAAUGUGUAGUAUAAUCAUGCAAACGUCACCUAGCGUAGCUGCACCCUUAGAUCCCUGUGUUCCGUCUCCAUGUGGUUCAUACGCUGAAUGUCGAGAUAAUAACGGAAUAGCUUCAUGUUCCUGCUUACCUUCCUAUGUGGGUUCUCCUCCAUACUGUAAACCUGAGUGCGUCGUUCAUUCCGACUGUCCAAGUGACCGAGCUUGUGAAGCUGAAAAAUGCCGAAACCCUUGCGAAGGUUCCUGCGGUCUAUAUGCAACAUGUUUUGUUAAUAACCAUGUUCCGGUAUGCCUUUGCCCAGAUGGUUUCACCGGAGAUCCAUUUAGGCAAUGCACUCCAAAGCCCGUCGAAGAUGAACCUGUGGCUAUUCCUAGUGAUCCUUGCCAUCCUAAUCCUUGUGGACCGAAUACUGUCUGCAAUAAUGGUGCAUGUUCGUGUGUGGCUGGCUAUCACGGUGAUCCUAAUCUUGGCUGCCGACCAGAAUGCGUUUAUAAUACAGAUUGCCCUCUUGAUAAAGGUUGUUUACGAAACAAAUGUGUCAAUCCUUGUAUUGGAACCUGCGGAAUUAAUGCAUUAUGUGACGUUAUGAACCACGUGCCAAUGUGCUCAUGUCCCAAAGGCAUGAGUGGCAAUGCUUUUGUGGAGUGUAGACCAUCAGCAGUUUCAAUCACCAACCCAUGCAAUCCGUCACCUUGCGGGCCCAACAGUCGUUGUCAGCAAUCAAAUGGACAAGCAGUAUGUUCCUGCGUACCCGGAUAUCGAGGAAGUCCACCAACAUGUCGGCCAGAAUGCGUCGUUAGUCUCGAAUGCCCUCUAAAAGAAGCUUGUAACAACCAAAAAUGCAUAAACCCUUGUAUUGGAGCAUGCGGAACGGCUGCAGUUUGUGAUGUUAUCAAUCACAAUCCAAUUUGUACAUGCCCACCAUCAUUUACCGGGGAUCCUUUUGUAAGGUGUACAGUUAUAGUUGCAGUAGAAGUACAGGUAAAUCCAUGUGAACCAUCACCUUGUGGACCCCAUGCAGUUUGCAGAAUAAGUGGAGAAAGCCCCAUUUGUGCUUGUUUACCGAGCUAUAAGGGAACACCUCCAAACUGUAGACCCGAAUGCAUUAGCAAUAGUGAAUGUGAUUAUAAUUUGGCUUGUAUUAAUCAAAAAUGUACAGACCCAUGUAUAGGCGCAUGCGGUUCUAAUUCUGAAUGCAGAGUCGUAAGUCACGCUCCAAUGUGUUUAUGUCAAUCUGGUUACACGGGCGAUCCAUUUACAUACUGUAGUCCUGUGCCUAUCAUGGAUCAGAAAGAAAAUUUAACACCCUGUAAUCCUAACCCGUGCGGCUCUAAUGCCAUAUGCAAAGAACAAAGAGGUGUUGGAUCAUGUCAAUGUCAAGAUGGCUAUUCAGGCAAUCCUUAUGAAGGUUGUCGACCAGAAUGUGUAGUGAAUUCUGACUGUCCCCUUAACAGAGCUUGUUCUAGAAUGAAGUGUAUAGAUCCCUGUCCAGGAACCUGUGGCCCAAAUGCCUUAUGUCAAGUACAUAACCAUAUCCCGACAUGUAUCUGCCAACAAGGAUACACAGGAAAUCCAUUCAGCCAUUGCAAUAUCAUGCAAGAGUCAGUAGUAGUCGAAACUAAUCCAUGCAGUCCCUCUCCAUGUGGAGCAAACAGUCAAUGCAGGGAAGUUAAGGGACAGGCGGCAUGCUCUUGUCUACCGGAUUUCAUGGGUGCACCUCCAAACUGCCGUCCUGAAUGUGUAGUGAGCUCUGAAUGUCAAUCGCAUUUGGCUUGUGUAAAUCAGAAAUGCGUCAAUCCGUGCCAAAAUACAUGCGGAGAAAAUGCUAAUUGUAAUGUGAUCAAUCACAGCCCUAUAUGUGUGUGUAAACAAGGUCUUACUGGAAAUCCAUUUACAAAAUGCUAUCCAAUAAAAAUAUCACAGCCACCUUCGGACGUACCUCAAGAUCCAUGUUUAUCAGCACCAUGUGGUUUAUAUGCGGAGUGCCGAAACAUUGGCAAUGCUCCCUCAUGUGCUUGUUUCCCUGGCUAUAUCGGUAGUCCACCAAACUGCAGACCUGAGUGCACAAUAAAUUCAGAAUGCCCCAGCAUUCAGGCUUGUAUUAACGAAAAGUGUCGGGAUCCCUGUCCUGGAGCAUGUGGUGUAAAUGCUCAAUGUACCGUGUUUAAUCACGUUGCUCAAUGUAGUUGUGCUGAACGCUACUCUGGAGAUCCGUUUACUCAUUGCCUUCCAAUGCCUGACGAUGACGAAACUCCUUUGGAGCAGGAUUUAUGCAAUCCAUCACCUUGUGGUGCGAAUGCUUUAUGUAACGAUGGAAUAUGUAAAUGUCUACCUGAAUAUCAAGGUGACCCAUAUUACGGCUGUCGACCAGAGUGCCUAAUGAGUACGGACUGCCCUCAAAAUAAAGCUUGUGCAAGAAACAAAUGCAUCGACCCUUGUAUAAAUACUUGUGGCAAGGAUGCUUUAUGCAAUGUAUUCAACCACGUGCCCAUGUGUACUUGUCCCAAAGGAUUUUCCGGAAAUGCCUUCCUUGAAUGUCGACCGGUACGGGUAGUCGAGAACAUAAAGCCUUGUAAUCCAUCGCCAUGUGGUCCUAACAGCCAAUGUCGUGAAGUGAACGGACAGGCCAUAUGCUCAUGUUUAUCUGGAUAUAUGGGCGCACCACCUACAUGCAGGCCAGAGUGUACGUCGAGUGCAGAAUGCGCGCUAAACCGAGCUUGUUCUAAUCAACGAUGCAUAGAUCCUUGUAAAGGAAGUUGUGGGUCAGGGGCUCAAUGCCAAGUUAUAAAUCAUAAUCCUAUAUGCUCAUGCCCUACAGGAUACACAGGGGACCCAUUUACUAGAUGCAUCUUCGAAGAUAUUCCACAACAGCCUUAUGUAAAUCCAUGUGAACCUUCACCUUGUGGUCCGAACUCAGUAUGCAGAGAAGUAGGUGGAUCACCAUCGUGUGCAUGUCAAGGCGAUUUUAUUGGAAAUCCACCUAACUGCCGCCCAGAAUGUAUUGCUAACUCUGAAUGUCCAAAUAAUAUGGCUUGUAUUAAUAAGAAAUGUCAAGAUCCUUGUCCCGGCUCUUGCGGCUUGGCAGCCGAGUGUCGGGUAGUCAGCCACUCUCCUCAAUGCUUAUGCGCCCCAGGAUAUACUGGAGACGCAUUCAUAGGGUGUCAAAUAAUGGAUGUUCCUCUUGCACCUUGUUCACCAUCACCCUGCGGUUCAAACGCUAUUUGCAAAGAGCAAGGCAACGCUGGCGCAUGUGUGUGUCUACCAGAUUAUAUCGGAAAUCCUUAUGAAGGAUGCCGCCCCGAGUGCGUUGUAAAUUCAGAUUGUUCUACAAAUUUGGCAUGUGUACAGAAUAAGUGUAAAAAUCCUUGCAAUAACAUAUGUGGUCAAAAUGCCGUAUGUAAUGUCGUGAAUCAUACUCCAACGUGUGUUUGCCUGCCUGGCCUGACAGGAAGUCCAUACCAACGCUGUUUCGAAGAAACAUUACAAAUUUCAGUUGUGCCUAAAGAUCCAUGUACACCAUCACCAUGUGGACCAAACAGCAUUUGCAAAAUAUCCAAUAGUCAAGCUGUGUGCACCUGCCAGCCUGAAUAUAUAGGGACACCGCCUGCUUGUAGACCUGAAUGUGUUGUAAGCUCAGAUUGUAAUCAACAACAAGCUUGUAUUCAACAAAAGUGCAAAAAUCCUUGCGAAGGCGUUUGCGGUGUAAAUACUGAAUGCAAGGUCAUUAAUCACAGUCCAAUAUGCUCGUGUCGCACUCUGUAUACUGGUGAUCCUUUUAGCAGAUGUUACAGAGCACCAGUUAUGGAUGUCGUUCCUAUUGCUACAAAUCCCUGCCUGCCAUCACCAUGUGGACCAUUCUCUCAGUGUCGAGAUAUAGGAGGAUCACCAUCAUGCUCCUGUUUACCCCAAUAUAUGGGCAGUCCACCAAAUUGUCGUCCGGAAUGCACUAUUAAUACGGAUUGUUCUAAUGAGCUAGCUUGCAUUAAUGAGAGAUGUGUAGACCCCUGCCCUGGUUCAUGCGGAGUAAACGCUAAUUGUAGAGUACAGAGCCAUGUAUCUAUUUGCACUUGCUUCGAUGGGUAUAGUGGUGAUCCUUUCCAAAGUUGUUCAUUAAAACCAAAUACAGAACCAGUCGUUACAGAUUUAUGUAGCCCCUCUCCUUGCGGACCAAACGCUCUUUGUUCCGAUGGAGUAUGCACUUGCAUACCGGAAUAUCACGGUGAUCCAUACUUUGAAUGCAGACCUGAAUGCACCAUAAGUUCCGAAUGUGCACAGGAUAAGGCUUGUGUUAGAAAUCGAUGUGUAAACCCAUGUAUUAACACAUGUGGCACUAACGCAAACUGUGAUGUAGUAAAUCAUAUGGCAGUUUGCACAUGUCCUGCUAGAACUACUGGCAACGCAUUUAUUCAGUGCAGCCCUGUCAGAGAAAUGAUUUCUUCCAAUCCUUGUCAACCUAGUCCAUGUGGUCCUCAUAGUCAAUGUAGAGAGUUUAAUGAACAAGCAGUCUGCUCUUGUUUACUUGGGUUCCGAGGAGCACCACCUUCGUGCCGUCCUGAAUGUGUUGCAAGUUCUGAUUGUCCUCUUGAUAAAGCCUGCAGCAACCAAAAAUGUAUAAAUCCUUGUCAAGGAACAUGUGGUGUAGGAUCCAAAUGUCAAGUAGUCAACCACAACCCUAUUUGUUCGUGCCCAUCAGGGAUGACUGGGGAUCCGUUCACAAGAUGUACUGUUAUUCCUGUUGCCUCACCGCCCGAACCAGUGAAUCCAUGUGUACCGUCACCCUGUGGGUCUAAUUCUAUUUGUCAUCUUACCGGUGAUCAGAUUCCUUCGUGCCAAUGCUUGCCGGAAUUUAUUGGUGACCCACCAAAUUGUCGCCCAGAAUGUGUCGCAAACAGUGAAUGCGCUCCGCAAAUGGCUUGCAUUAAUAAAAAAUGCCAAAACCCUUGCAUACAAGCAUGUGGAAUAAACGCUGAGUGCAAAGUGAUUAGUCAUACGGCUAUUUGUAUUUGUGCUGAAGGCUACACAGGUGACGCGGCGGUGCAGUGUACCCCAACAGCUGUGGCACAGUUUGAACCGAUAUCGCCCUGCACACCAUCACCUUGUGGCUCGAACGCAGAAUGUAGGGAACACGCCGGAGCUGGCGCAUGCGUUUGUGUUACUGGAUACUUUGGCAAUCCAUAUGAAGCGUGUCAUCCGGAAUGCAUGGUAAACUCUGAUUGUCCUAGUAACAAAGCAUGUACAAGAAAUAAGUGUAUAGACCCGUGUCCAGGCACAUGUGCUGUUAAUGCCGAUUGUCAAGUAGUCAAUCAUUCACCACUAUGUACAUGUCGACAAGGAUAUGUUGGUGACCCUUUCACACAAUGUAUCUACAAAUUAUAUGAAGAGGAACCUGCCACCCCAUGCCAACCAUCUCCUUGUGGUCCAAAUAGCCAAUGUAGAGUAUCAAAUGGCCAAAGUACGUGCUCAUGUUUGCCAGAAUAUCGUGGCUCACCUCCGAACUGUAGACCAGAAUGUGUCGUGAGUGCUGAAUGCCCCGCAGAUAAAAUCUGUCAAAGUCAAAAAUGUAUCUCUCCAUGCCCAGGACCGUGUGGACGUAACACAGAUUGUAGAGUGAUCAAUCAUAGCCCCAUAUGCACUUGUAAAAAUAGAUACACUGGUGAUCCUUUCUCCAGUUGUUACGUAGUGACAAUUCAAGAACAACCCCCAGAACCUGAAAGAGAUCCGUGUGUACCAUCACCGUGUGGCUCUAAUUCACAAUGUCAGAACUUGCGUGGUAUACCAUCGUGCUCAUGUUUACCCAACUUUGAAGGAAGUCCUCCAAAUUGUAGACCAGAAUGUAGUAUCAAUGAAGAUUGUGCGAGCAAUCUAGCUUGCAUAAAUCAAAAAUGUAAAGACCCAUGUCCAGGUUCUUGUGGAAUUAAUGCAAACUGUCAAGUCAUAAAACAUGUUUCGAUAUGUUCUUGUGCUGAAGGUUUUACUGGUAAUGCCUUUACUCGGUGUGACGUCAUUCCACCUAAAGACAACGAGGAUCCAUGCAAUCCAUCUCCUUGUGGAAACAACGCAGAAUGUAACAACGGUCAAUGUAGCUGUAUACCCGAGUUUAUUGGAGAUCCAUACGUUGGAUGUCGACCAGAAUGUGUGCAGAGUUCAGAAUGUGAUCGCAACAAAGCUUGCAUACAAAACAAAUGCCAGGAUCCUUGUCCUGGCACUUGCGCUACAACUGCUGUAUGUAGUGUUGUUAACCACAUACCGAUGUGUAGCUGUCCUGAAAGAAUGACAGGCAACGCAUUCGUUGAAUGUAGACUUAUUCUAGAGCCUGUCGUCUCCAACCCGUGCCAGCCAUCUCCAUGUGGUCCAAAUAGUCAAUGCAGAGACGUAAACGGCCAAGCAGCUUGUUCCUGUGCUCCUAAUAACAUCGGAGCUCCACCUGCGUGUAGGCCUGAAUGCACUAUAAGUGCUGAAUGUCCACUGAAUCAGGCUUGUAGCAACCAACGUUGUGUAGAUCCUUGUGUUGGUUCUUGUGGUGUAAACGCAGAGUGUAAAGUAGUAAAUCACAAUCCAAUUUGCACAUGUCCUGUAUCGUAUUCGGGGGAACCAUUCUCGCGAUGCUUUAGACUUCCGGAUCGUCUGCCGGAACGAGUAAAUCCUUGUCAACCUUCACCUUGUGGGCCUAACUCGCUUUGUAGGGAAGUAAAUGAAGCCCCAUCUUGUACUUGCUUGGAAGGAUAUCAUGGGCAAGCUCCGUACUGCAGGCCUGAGUGCACUAGUAAUGAAGAGUGUUCGACACAUCUAUCAUGUGUUAACAACAAAUGCAAAAAUCCAUGUGAAGGAGCCUGCGCUAGUAACGCAGAAUGUAAGGUCGUCAGUCAUUCACCUGUCUGCCUUUGUCCAUAUGGGUUUACUGGAGACCCGUUCUUCAAUUGCCAUAAAGAACCCUUGCAAGUUGAACAAAUUACUACCCCUUGUUCACCAUCACCCUGUGGAGCUAAUGCUAUAUGCCAAGAACGAAAUAACGCUGGCUCUUGUACUUGUUCCGAGGGAUAUAUAGGAAACCCGUAUGAAGGCUGUCGACCAGAAUGUGUUGUGAGCACUGAUUGUCCUUCAAAUAAAGCUUGUAUAAGAAACAAAUGCGUCGAUCCUUGUCCGGGUACCUGCGGUACAAAUGCUGAAUGUCAAGUUGUGAACCAUAACCCUCUCUGCACUUGCAUCAAUGGAUAUACCGGAGAUCCAUUCAGAUAUUGCGUAUACCAAGCUCCGGCACCAGUACCCACACCGGUUGAUGUAUGUUACCCGUCACCUUGUGGACCAAACAGCCAAUGUAAAGGGGUUAACAAUCAAGCAAUAUGUUCAUGUUUGCCUGAGUACAUGGGCUCUCCACCAAACUGUCGGCCCGAAUGUGUUGUAAGCUCAGAAUGCUCGCAAGACAAAGCCUGUAUCAAACAAAAAUGUGUUAACCCGUGUCCCGGUCCUUGCGGAACUAAUACUAAUUGCAAAGUUAUAAACCACAGCCCGAUAUGCUCGUGCAAGUCGACUUUCACAGGAGAUCCCUUUACUCUAUGCUCACCUAUAAAGUACGAGCCCGUACAUGACGUCAGAAAUCCUUGUGCACCAUCUCCGUGUGGGCCUAACUCUGAGUGCAGAGACAUCGGCAAUGGGCCAUCAUGCUCAUGCCUUCCUUCUUUCAUCGGUUCUCCUCCGAACUGCCGACCAGAGUGCACGAUACACGCGGAUUGCCCAAGUGCGGUCGCAUGCAUCAAUUCCAAGUGUCAAGACCCAUGCCCAGGUUCAUGUGGCAUCUCGGCGGUAUGUAGCGUACUAAACCAUAUACCGAUCUGCACAUGCAUCGAAGGUUAUGUUGGUGAUCCAUUUACUAACUGCAAGCCGAAACCACUGGAAGUUGAGACAACAAUUGUGGAUGCGUGUACAAAUAUACGAUGUGGUUCCAAUGCAGAAUGUAUAAAUGGCCAGUGUCAAUGUUUACCGGAAUAUCAUGGAGAUCCAUACUUUAAUUGUAGACCAGAAUGUGUCUUUAGUUCCGAUUGCGAUCAAACUAAAGCAUGCGUGCAAAGAAAAUGUGUGGAUCCCUGCAUUGGCGCCUGUGGACAAAAUGCCAUAUGCCAAGUCGUCAAUCAUAUACCAAUGUGCAGUUGCAAUAAUGGUUUUACUGGAAACGCCUUCGUUCUAUGCAAUCCUAUCAGAGAUACACCCACUCAAAGCCCGUGUAGUACUGCAGUCUGUGGACCCAAUAGUCAAUGUCGUGAAAUUAACAACCAGGCUGUGUGUUCGUGUCUGCCUACAUAUUUAGGAAUUCCACCGGCUUGCCGUCCGGAAUGUGUAGUUAAUGCAGAGUGUCCGCAAAACCAAGCUUGUAUGAAACAGAAGUGUGUGAACCCUUGUAUUGGAACGUGUGGCUUGAGGGCCACGUGCGAAGUGGUCAAUCACAAUCCAAUUUGUGCUUGUCCUGCAGCUCAUUCCGGUGAUCCAUUCGUGGAAUGUACUUUUGUCUCAAAUGCUCCACCUUUGGAAAUAAAUCCAUGCCAGCCAUCUCCAUGUGGACCAAACUCUAUUUGUAGAGAAAUAAACGGAAGCCCAUCUUGCACUUGCUUGCCCGAAUUUAAAGGCCAACCACCUUACUGUAAACCAGAGUGUAUAAGUAAUAGUGAGUGUUCGCCGCAAUUGGCUUGUGUAAAUCAAAAGUGUCGAGAUCCAUGCCUUCAAGCUUGCGGAACAAAUGCUGAAUGCCGAGUGGUUAGUCAUUCUGCUAUGUGCAUAUGUCCACAAGGCUAUUUCGGAGAUCCAUUCUCACAAUGCACAAUUCGUAGUGUGAACGAAUUAUUAACUCCUUGCUCUCCAUCACCGUGUGGUCCGAACGCAGUUUGUAGAGAACAAAACAAGGCUGGAUCGUGUGUCUGUAACGAAGGAUACUUUGGAAAUCCGUACGAAGGCUGUCGCCCGGAAUGUGUAAGCAACUCGGACUGUCCUGGAAACCGAGCAUGUAUUAGAAACAAAUGCGAAGACCCUUGCCCUGGGACGUGUGGCAUUAAUGCCGAAUGUACCACAUUACAUCACGCUCCAACGUGCACAUGCUUAGGAGGUUAUACAGGGGAUGCUUUCCGCCGUUGCAACCCUAUUCCACAAAAUGAUGCAGCAAUAGUGAAUAUAUGUAGUCCAAACCCUUGCGGGCCAAAUAGCCAAUGUCGUGAAAUAAAUGGUCAAGCCACUUGCAGCUGUUUACCUAAUUACCUUGGAGAGCCUCCAGCUUGUAAACUAGAGUGCGUUAUGAAUGCGGAUUGUACCACAGACAAAGCAUGCAUAAAUCAAAAGUGUGUGAAUCCUUGCCCUGGACCUUGCGGCCAGAGAGCCGAAUGUAGGGUAUUUAAUCAUAACCCUAUUUGUAGCUGCGGUACUGGUCUCAUUGGUGAUCCAUUUACUAGGUGCUACCCAAAACCAGUGCCCCAGCCUGUUCAGGAUGAAACAAGAGACCCAUGUGUACCAUCGCCAUGUGGAGCCUUUGCAAUUUGCCGUAACUUUGGAGGUCAAGCUUCGUGUUCUUGCUCUCCGGAACACGUUGGUAGUCCACCUAAUUGUCGACCUGAGUGUGUUACCAACCAAGACUGUGUUAGUUCAUUAGCAUGCAUUAAUGAGAAAUGUAAAGACCCUUGCCUUGGCUCGUGCGGACAAAAUGCUCGUUGUUCAGUAAUGAACCAUCUAGCCAUCUGUACCUGUUUCGAAAAUUAUAAGGGAGAUCCAUUUACCGCAUGCGUCGUAGAACCUAUACAAGACUCUCCUGCCGAUUUGUGUAAUCCAUCACCUUGUGGUUCCAAUGCACAAUGUGAUAACGGAGCGUGCUCAUGUCUGCCAGACUAUCAUGGUGACCCAUAUGUUGGUUGUCGCCCAGAAUGUACUGUCAGCACAGAUUGUCAAAGAAAUCAGAUUUGUGUGCGCAAAAAGUGUACGAACCCAUGCCCGGACACUUGCGGUGCCAAUGCUGUAUGUGAAGUUUUCAACCACAUACCAAUGUGUAGUUGCCCUGCGGGUUAUACUGGAAAUUCUUUCGUUUCAUGCAACGUCAUACAAGCGCCUUUGCCUGCGAACCCAUGUAAUCCGAGUCCAUGUGGUCCAAAUAGUCAAUGCCGAGAAAUAAAUAAAGUGGCUGUGUGUUCCUGUAUACCUGGAUAUUCAGGAAAUCCUCCAACUUGUCGACCUGAAUGUACUACAAGCGCUGAAUGUCCACUUAACAAAGCUUGCAACAAUUAUAAAUGCAUCGACCCUUGCAAAGGUGCUUGUGGAGUUGCAGCACUUUGUGCAGUAGUAAAUCAUAAUCCUAUAUGCUCGUGUCCAAGUGAACUUACUGGUGAUCCGUUUACCAGAUGUAUACCUAGAAUACUUGAGGUGCCAUCACUAUUAAAUCCUUGUGUACCAUCACCCUGUGGACCAUACUCUACUUGUCAACCCAUUAACGACUCGCCGUCCUGUAGUUGCUUGCCAGAGUUCACUGGAUCGCCGCCAAACUGCCGACCAGAAUGUUCGAGUAACAGUGAAUGCUCAAACCACUUAGCUUGCAUUAACAACAAGUGCAGUGACCCGUGUGCGGGAGCAUGCGGAUCUAUGGCAGAAUGUCGUGUUGUUAGUCACACUCCCAAUUGUGUUUGUCCUCAAGGAUACUUCGGGGAUCCAUUCGUAUAUUGUAAAGUACAACAUGACAUUACGCCAGUGGAAAGGCCAACACCUUGCACUCCGUCUCCAUGCGGAAGCAAUGCCAUAUGCAAAGAACGCAAUAACGCGGGAUCUUGUGUCUGUUCUUCUGGGUACUUUGGAAAUCCUUACGAAGGUUGCAGGCCAGAAUGUACGGUAAACACAGACUGUCCUUCAAACAAAGUGUGUCAGCAAAAUAAGUGUCAAGAUCCUUGUCCAGGCACUUGUGGCACUAACGCCCAAUGUCAAACAGUGAACCAUGCUCCAAUUUGUACGUGCAAUAUUGGAUAUACAGGCAAUCCAUUCCAACGUUGUACCAUCAUACAAAAUAUUGAACCUAUGACAAAUCCUUGUUCGCCAUCACCAUGCGGUCCCAAUAGUGCAUGCAAAGUAGUAAAUGAUCAAGCUGUUUGUACUUGCUUAUCAGAUUACAGAGGCACUCCGCCAAAUUGCAGACCAGAAUGCGUUGUUAGUGCUGAAUGCCCAUCAAAUAAAGCGUGCGUCUCAUUAAAAUGCAUGGAUCCAUGUGUUGGGCAAUGUGGUCUCAAUGCAAACUGCCUUGUUAUCAACCACAGUCCAAUAUGCUCUUGCAAAGACAGAUUUACAGGGGAUCCAUUCAGCAGGUGUUAUGCAGUUGUGAAUACUCCACAAGAUGAACCACCAAAGAACCCUUGUCUACCUUCACCCUGUGGGCCAUUUAGUGAUUGUCGAGAUAUUGGUGGGGUACCAUCUUGCUCCUGCCUUCCCAACUACAUAGGGGCACCACCAGGUUGUCGUCCCGAGUGCAUAAUAAAUGCCGAUUGCUCUAGUAAUUUGGCAUGUAUCAAUCAAAAGUGUAGGGAUCCAUGUCCUGGUUCGUGUGGUAUCAAUGCACAGUGCAUUGUUAAGAACCACAUGCCUAUUUGCACCUGCCUAGACAAUUACGCCGGAGAUGCUUUCACUGAGUGCAAACUUCAGGAAAUAUCCCACGACGAAGUUGAUUUAUGCAAUCCAUCUCCAUGUGGAUCAAAUGCUAUUUGCAACAACGGAGAUUGUUCGUGUCUUCCAGAAUAUCAAGGAGAUCCAUAUUAUGAAUGCCGCCCCGAGUGCGUCCUUAGUUCAGACUGUUCUCAAGACAAAGCAUGUUUACGGAAUAAAUGUGUAAAUCCAUGCAAUAGUGGAGUUUGUGCUGCAAACGCAAUUUGUGAAGUGAUAAAUCAUAUUCCAAUGUGCCGUUGUCCGGAACGCAUGACUGGCAACGCAUUUGUUCAGUGUUCACCCGUGCAAGUUGUAAAUACGCAACCUUGUCAACCAAGUCCAUGCGGACCUAAUAGUCAAUGUAGAGAAAUAAAUAAUCAAGCAGUAUGCUCCUGCCUCAGUGGUUACAAGGGCAGUCCACCAUCUUGUAGGCCCGAAUGUACCGUUAGCACGGAUUGCUCGCCUAGUGAAGCCUGCAGCAACAUGAAAUGUGUAAAUCCAUGCCAAGGAUCCUGUGGAGUCGGUGCAAAAUGUCAAGUUAUUAACCAUAAUCCUAUUUGUUCAUGCCCACAAUCGUAUACUGGAAAUCCAUUCGUGAGAUGUAUUGUACAAGAAUUUAAUCCAGAACCUACAAAUCCUUGUCUUCCAUCUCCAUGUGGACCAAAUUCAAUCUGUAAAGAAACGUCAGGUGCUCCCUCUUGUUCAUGCAUAAAUGGUUUCGUAGGUUCACCGCCGUAUUGUAAACCAGAAUGUAUUAGUAAUUCCGAAUGUCCUCUCCAAUUUGCUUGUAUAAAUCAAAAGUGUGCAGAUCCUUGUAGUGGUGCAUGUGGUUCAAACACUCAUUGCCACGUAAUAAGCCACUCUCCGUCUUGUUCCUGCAUAGCCGAUUAUACCGGCAAUCCAUUUAUAGAAUGCCAUAGACUUGAAAUCGUUCAAGAAAUAACAUCACCUUGUCAACCAUCUCCUUGCGGAGCAAAUGCCGUCUGCAAAGAAUAUAACGGCGCAGGAUCGUGCACAUGUUUACCUGAUUACUUUGGCAACCCAUAUGAAGGGUGCAAGCCUGAGUGUAUUAUAAACACAGAUUGUCCAUCAAACAAAGCAUGUCUUCAAACUAAAUGUCAAGACCCUUGUCCUGGAGCUUGUGCACCCAACGCAUUGUGUCAAGUGGUAAACCAUGCCCCAUCAUGUACCUGUCAAAGAGGCUAUACAGGCGAUCCGUAUAGAUUCUGUUCUCCUGAACAAGUUUUGGAUAUACCAAUCAAUGUAUGUCAGCCAUCACCCUGCGGACCAAACAGCCGUUGUCAAGAAGUAAACAAGCAAGCGGUAUGCUCUUGUCUACCUAAUUACAUAGGAGUUCCACCGGGAUGUCAUCCAGAAUGUGUUACAAGUGCAGAAUGCUCGAGAGAAAAGGCAUGUAUAAACCAGAAAUGUGAAAAUCCAUGCGUAAAUGCUUGUGGCACAAAUGCAGAAUGCAAAGUUAUUAACCACAGUCCAAUUUGUACAUGCAAGUCUCGAUACACUGGUGACCCCUUUACAAGGUGCAACCCUAUACCGCCACCUGUCGCAAAUUCGGUAUUAGAACCGUACAAGAAUCCGUGCAUUCCAUCUCCAUGCGGUCCUAAUUCGAUAUGUCAAGAAUUGCGAAACGUACCAUCUUGUACAUGUAUGCCGAACUAUAUUGGAAGUCCACCCAAUUGCAGACCAGAGUGUACAAUAAAUGCAGAUUGUCCCACUUCUGAAGCAUGUAUACAACAAAAGUGUCGGGAUCCUUGCCUAGGUUCAUGCGGUGUUAGCGCAUUGUGUACAGUAUCACGACACACUCCUAUUUGCACAUGUCCAGAUGGUUUCACUGGAGAUGCAUUCACGUUAUGUUCUCCUAAACCGAUAGAAGAUGAAGCCAUCGACAAAUGCAAUCCAUCUCCUUGCGGAUCAAAUGCUAUAUGUCAAGACGGUUUAUGUUCAUGUGUAGAAGAGCAUCAAGGAGAUCCUUACGUGGGCUGUAGACCAGAAUGUGUGCUUAGCACGGACUGUCCGCGUGACAAAGCUUGCGUCCGAAACAAAUGCAUCGACCCUUGCACGGGCACAUGUGCUGCUACGGCGGUCUGUGAUGUUAUAAAUCAUGUCCCUAUGUGCAGUUGUCCUCAAGGCAUGACCGGGAAUGCAUUCUAUAGAUGUGAACCUAUUCAAGUGCCUAUUGUGACAAACCCAUGUAUCCCAUCACCUUGUGGACCCAAUAGUCAGUGCAGAGAAAUCAAUGGACAGGCUGUAUGUUCCUGUGUAGCUGGAUACCUUGGAAGUCCGCCACUUUGUAGACCUGAGUGUGUGGUCAGUUCUGACUGUCCACUCAACAGAGCAUGUAGUAAUCAGAAAUGUAUCGAUCCAUGCGUUGGGUCCUGUGGUGUAGAAGCAAAAUGUAAUGUGGUAAAACAUAAUCCUAUCUGUACUUGCCCGACCAAAUACACAGGAGAUCCGUUUAUAAGAUGCGUUCCAUUCAGACCGCCGAGUGCUGAUGUUACUCCUUGCACACCUUCGCCCUGUGGUCCUAAUUCAAUUUGCAAAGAAAUAUCUGGAACACCGUCGUGUACUUGUAUGGCAAACUUCUUCGGAUCACCACCAUAUUGCAGACCUGAAUGUUCUAGCAACAGUGAAUGUCCUUCUAAUCAAGCCUGUAUCAAUCAAAAAUGUAAAGACCCUUGCAUUAGUGCUUGUGGCAUCAACGCUCAAUGUAGAACGAUAAGUCAUUCUCCAAUGUGCUUCUGUGAUAGUGGAUUUACAGGGGACCCAUUCUCUAAUUGUUAUCAGCAACCUAUUUAUCCUGAAAAACCUACACCAUGUGAACCAUCACCUUGCGGACCUAACGCUGAGUGCAGAGAACAUAACGCAGCUGGUUCUUGUAUUUGCCUACCUGAUUACAUUGGCAAUCCUUAUGAAGGUUGUAGGCCAGAAUGUACUGUCAAUACGGACUGCAUACCAAGUAAAUCAUGUAUUCGCAAUAAAUGUCAGGAUCCUUGUCCGGGAACAUGUGGUCCAUUGGCAAUGUGUACUGUUGUAAACCAUCUUCCAUCAUGUAGCUGCCCAAGUGGCUAUAGUGGAGAUCCUUACGUCAGAUGCGAUAUCUUAAGAGAACCAGUUCCAGACAUCACAACACCGUGUGUACCCAAUCCAUGUGGCCCGAAUAGUAUUUGUCGACCCGUCAAUGGCCAAAGCGUAUGUUCCUGUAUGCCAAAUUACAUCGGUGCUCCACCCGGUUGUAGACCAGAGUGUACAGUUAGUUCAGAAUGCUCGAAAGAAAAAGCUUGCAUUAACCAAAAAUGUUCUGAUCCCUGCCCUGGUCAUUGUGGAUUGAAUACAGUUUGCAGAGUGAUAAAUCAUAGUCCAAUUUGCUCUUGUAAUCCAGAUUUCAUAGGCGAUCCGUUCACUCGUUGUUAUUCGAAACCACCUAUCCAACAUCUUCCGGAACCUCUUGGGAACCCUUGCGUACCCAACCCUUGUGGUGAAAAUGCUGUUUGUCGCAACAAUAAUGGGGCUCCGUCGUGCACAUGCUUGCCUGAAUAUCUGGGCCUUCCACCAAACUGUCGACCAGAAUGCGCUAUAAAUCAAGACUGUCCUUCAGACAAAGCAUGCAUCAAUCUGAAAUGCCGUGACCCUUGUCCCGGUAGUUGCGGGCUGAAUGCAAUAUGUUCAGUAUUUUCACAUGUUCCGGCAUGCACUUGUAGUCAAGGGUUUACAGGUGAUCCGUUCACUUCUUGUAUCAUAGCUGAGCCAUUGAAAGAUGAAACUCCAACAGACCCUUGCAAUCCUUCACCAUGUGGAUAUAAUGCAGAAUGCAGAGAUGGGGUUUGUACCUGCUUAAAGGAUUAUCAGGGCGAUCCAUAUUUUGGCUGCAAACCAGAAUGUUUAACAAGCAUGGAUUGUCCAUUAGACAAAGUUUGCUCCGGAAAUAAAUGUAUAAAUCCAUGCCCUGGAACGUGUGCCUCUAGCGCGCAAUGUAAUGUUUACAAUCAUAUUCCAAUAUGCACAUGCCCCGAAGGAACUACAGGAAACGCAUUUGUAGAAUGUCAUGCAUAUGAAGUUAUGCAUGCUGAACCCUGCAAUCCGAACCCGUGCGGCCCGAACAGCCAGUGCCGAGCAAUAAAUAACCAAGCUGUGUGCUCAUGCCUACCGACGUAUAUUGGAACUCCUCCUUCGUGCCGACCAGAAUGUACUAUCAGUGCAGAGUGUCCUCUAAACGAAGCAUGUAAUAACCACAAGUGCAUAAAUCCUUGCGUCGGUAGCUGUGGUUACGGAGCAAAGUGUGAAGUAGUCAAUCAUAAUCCGAUAUGUUCGUGUCCACCACAAUAUACUGGAGAUCCGUUUACGCGUUGCAAUCCUUUAGUUGCUACUCCACUGCCACCAGUUGAUCCCUGUACACCAUCGCCUUGUGGUCCUUACUCAGUGUGCAAAGUGAUUGGGGAAUCGCCGUCGUGCACGUGCCAAUCCGAAUAUAUCGGCGGCCCGCCUAAUUGUCGACCAGAAUGCAUCAGUAACUCUGAAUGUCCAAGCAAUCUAGCAUGUGUCAACCAAAAGUGCAGAGAUCCCUGCCCAGGAAGCUGUGGUUAUAAUGCAGACUGCAAAGUUAUUAGUCAUGCAUUAGUAUGUUCUUGUCCAUUUGGUCAAACUGGUGAUCCAUUGAUAUCAUGUUCCCCAGUCAAAGAUACUAAAAUCGAAUAUAACUCUCCUUGCGAACCAUCACCAUGUGGGCUCAAUGCCGAGUGCACGGAAAGGAAUGGUGCCGGCGCUUGUAGAUGUCUUGAUACGUAUGUCGGCAACCCAUACGAGGGCUGUCGUCCUGAAUGUGUUAUUAACACUGACUGCCCUCCAAUGCUGGCUUGCAUUCAAAACAAAUGCAAAGACCCCUGUCCAGGCAUCUGUGCGCCAAAUGGAAUCUGUCAAGUUGUUAACCAUUUACCUUCAUGCUACUGCCCACCUGGAUUAACAGGGAAUGCUUACGUCAAUUGUGUUGAAAUUGUGGAAGAUGUCGUGAAACCAACAUCUUGUACGCCAUCGCCUUGCGGACCUAAUAGUCAGUGCAGAGAAGUAAACACACAAGCUGUAUGUAGUUGUCAGCUUGAUUUUAUGGGAACACCACCGAACUGCCGACCAGAGUGCACUAUAAACAGUGAAUGUAGUAGUGACAAAGCCUGCGUAAACCGCAAAUGUGUAGACCCAUGCGCUGGUCAAUGCGCUAGAAAUGCGAACUGCAGAGUCAUAGCUCACAACCCUAUUUGUUCAUGCCAAGAUCGAUUUACCGGUGAUCCGUUUACAAACUGCGUACCCAUGCCGCAAUCAAUACCGGGAACACGGCCGGAAGUCAACCCGUGUGUACCAUCUCCAUGUGGUCCAAAUUCACAAUGUCAAGAGUUUAAUGGCAAUGCGCGCUGCACUUGUCUUCCAAAUUACAUAAGUUCUCCACCGCGAUGCAGACCCGAAUGCACCAUCAACUCUGAGUGUAACGCUGUCAAGGCGUGUAUCAACAACAAAUGCACUGACCCGUGCCCCGGCGCGUGUGGUAACAAUGCGCAGUGUAACGUCAAUAAUCACCUGCCAAUAUGUUCUUGCUUGCCUGGCUUUACUGGAGAUCCAUUCAGCAGCUGUGCAAUCAUGCAUCAAGACAUUGAACCAGUAAACCCAUGUGUACCAUCGCCAUGCGGCACCAACGCUGUUUGUGAAAAUGGUGCUUGCUCUUGCCUGCCAGAAUACUAUGGCGACCCUUAUGUGGGAUGUAAACCUGAAUGUGUCCUCAACUCAGACUGCUCAAGAGAUAAAGCCUGCAUUAAAAACAAAUGCAAAGACCCAUGUCUUGGAACGUGUGGAGUUGGAGCUAUUUGUGAAACUAUCAACCAUAUUCCAAUGUGUUCAUGCCCGGCAGGAUUUUCAGGAUCACCAUUCCACUUCUGCAAUGAAGUUAAAGAACCAGCAACGCCAAUUAAUUUAUGUCAACCAUCACCAUGCGGUCCAUACAGUCAGUGCAGAGAAGUAAGCGGACAUGCUGUUUGUGUCUGUGUGCAAGGAUACGUAGGCAGCCCACCUAACUGUCGGCCGGAAUGCACAGUUAGCUCAGAUUGUAAACUAAACCAGGCUUGUUCGAAUCAAAAGUGCAUCGACCCUUGUCCAGGCGCCUGCGGACGUAACACACACUGCAUAGUUGUCAAUCAUAACCCUGUCUGUACUUGCUUAAACGGUUACUCUGGAGAUCCAUUUUCUUCUUGUCAAAUAAUCCCUGCAAAAACACCAGAAAAAGUUAAUCCGUGUCUACCUUCACCCUGUGGACCCAACUCUCAAUGUACAGAAAAUGGAGAUAAUGCGGAUUGCCGCUGCUUGCCAGAGUAUAUAGGUGCACCGCCAAAUUGUAGACCAGAAUGUACUAGUAACACCGAAUGUACAGCAAAUAUGGCUUGUAUAAACAGAAAGUGUCAAGAUCCCUGUCGCGGUGCAUGCGGUAGUAACGCCGAGUGUAGAGUCGUUAGUCACACCCCGAUUUGCUUAUGUCAGAAUGGCUUCACGGGCGACCCAUUCCUCUACUGCAAUGUCAUAAUCGCUGCUGUCGAACACGAACGCCCUACGCCUUGCAUUCCUUCGCCGUGUGGUGCAAACGCACAAUGUCGAGAGCAAAACAAUGCCGGAUCUUGCACUUGCCUACCCGGAUACUUUGGCAACCCUUACGAAGCUUGCAAGCCAGAAUGCCUAAUCAACUCCGAUUGUCCAUCAAAUAUGGCAUGUUAUCAGAACAAAUGCCAUGACCCCUGUCCGGGCACUUGUGGCGUAAAUGCUCAGUGCAACGUCAUCAAUCACAUUCCAACUUGUUCUUGCGCUGAGCAACACUACGGGGAUCCGUACAAAAUCUGUACAUUCAAAGUUCAAUCUGAUCCCAUAGAGCCUUGCAAUCCCUCACCGUGUGGCCCGAACAGCCAAUGCAAAACACAAAAUGGAAUUGCUUUAUGUACGUGUUUGAGUGGUUAUCAAGGAUCUCCACCUGAUUGUCGUCCUGAGUGCGUAACUAGUUCGGAAUGCCCAUUAGACAAAGUUUGUGAAAACUUUAAAUGUGUAUCUCCAUGUGACAAGGCAUGCGGCUUACAGACUGAAUGUAGAGUGAUCAAACACAAUCCAAUAUGUUCUUGUAAACAAGGCUACACUGGCGACCCGUUCUCAGUCUGCUAUGUUAUUCCUGAAAAACAACCGUCUCCACCGGAACCAACCAACCCAUGCAUUCCUUCACCCUGUGGAUUAAAUGCUGAAUGUCGCGAUGUCGGUGGAAUACCGUCUUGCUCAUGCACAGUGGGAUUCUUCGGAAGUCCCCCGAACUGCAAACCUGAAUGCGUAGUCAACACAGAUUGUAGUAACGAUAAGUCUUGUAUGAACAUGAAAUGUCAGAAUCCUUGUCUUGGAUCAUGUGGUCUAAACGCAAUUUGUAACGUUGUUAAUCAUAUACCAAUAUGUUCAUGUCCUAAUGGUUAUGAAGGUGAUCCUUUCGCAGUAUGCAACGUCAAACCACCAGAAACACCACAAAGCGUUGAUCCUUGCCAUCCUUCUCCAUGUGGACCUAAUGCUGUUUGUAACAAUGGCGAGUGCCAAUGUUUGCCAGAAUAUCAAGGAGACCCAUACUUCGGUUGUCGGCCGGAGUGUGUUCUUAGUACAGAUUGUGCUCCAGAUAAAGCGUGCCUUAGAUCAAAAUGUGUAGAUCCAUGUCGCGAUAUGUGCGGAUUCAACGCAGAAUGCAAUGUUUAUAACCAUGUUGCAAUCUGCAGUUGCCCAAGUGGAAUGACAGGUGACGCAUUUACAAAGUGUGUCCGCAUCGAAAAGCCUGUCAACAGACCAUGUGAGCCAUCACCAUGCGGACCAAACAGUUUAUGUAGAGAAGCAAAUGGUCAAGCUAUUUGUGCCUGUCUCCAAGGCUUUAUUGGCAACCCACCUAACUGUCGUCCAGAAUGUAUACAAAGUACCGAUUGUGCUCCAUCACUGGCAUGUAUCAAUCGAAAAUGCCAAGAUCCUUGCCCAGGAUCAUGCGGCCAUAAUGCAUUAUGUAACGUUAACAAUCAUAAUCCUAUAUGCACAUGCCCAGCUAGAUACACCGGUUCUCCAUUUAGUCAUUGUUAUGUUCUGGUAAUUGAAGAAAAGCCCUCUAAUCCUUGCGUGCCAUCACCUUGUGGACCAAACAGUAUAUGCAAUCCGACUCCUAACGGCGACUCGUAUGUUUGCACAUGUCAACCAACAUUUGAAGGAACACCGCCGCAAUGUCGAAGAGAGUGCACUACAAGCGAUGAGUGUCCGUCAAACAAAGCUUGUACUAACUACAAGUGCAGUGAUCCCUGUCCUGGAUCUUGUGGAACGAAUACACAAUGUGCUGUACGUUUGCACAGCCCCAUGUGCUCAUGCGAGGAAGGGUACACCGGCGAUCCUUUCACAGCUUGUUAUCUAAUUCCACAAGCGAUAGAAAAAAUUGAUCCUUGUAAUCCUACACCAUGUGGGGCUAAUGCUCAAUGCAAAGUUUCAAGAAACAGCGUUGCAGCGUGCAUUUGUGAACCUGGAUAUUUCGGAAAUCCCUACGAGUCUUGCAGACCAGAAUGCGUAGUGAAUACUGACUGUCCUUAUAAUAAGGCAUGUCUGAGAAACAAAUGUGAAGACCCUUGUCCCGGGGUAUGCGGGUCUACAGCAUUGUGCCAAGUAAUCAAUCAUGUUCCAUCAUGCAAUUGCGCACCUGGAUACACUGGUAACCCGUACACCUAUUGUCAUGUCAUCAUAAAUGAACCGACUCCUGUUCCUCAAAAUCCUUGCGUGCCAAAUCCAUGCGGCAGUAAUGCCCUUUGCAAGGACAAUAAUGGUUUAGCAAUAUGUUCGUGUAUGCCAGAGUUUUACGGAUCUCCGCCAAACUGCCGACCUGAGUGCACAGUUAACUCGGAAUGCGACACUUCCAAGAGUUGUGUAAGGCAAAGAUGUGUUGACCCAUGUAUUGGUUCGUGUGGUCAAGAAGCAGAAUGCAGAGUUGUAAACCAUGCACCAAUAUGUUCCUGUAAAAGAGGAUUUGAAGGAGAUCCAUUUGUUAGAUGUGCUAUUGUGAAAGAAGUCCCAGUUCAACAUCAAAAUCCGUGUGUACCAUCGCCUUGCGGACCAAAUUCGCAAUGCCAAAUCGUAAACCAAGUAUCAUCAUGUGCUUGUCUGGAUAACUACGUUGGCUCUCCACCGAACUGUCGAGCAGAAUGUACAGUUAACUCUGACUGCCCGAGCACCAAAGCUUGCAUUAACCAGAAAUGUCGCGAUCCAUGCCAGGGCUCAUGUGGAUUACACACUGAGUGUCAAGUCUAUCAGCAUGCUGCUAUUUGCAGUUGCAUGGAGGGAUACACUGGCAAUCCAUUCCAAAGUUGUCAUGUAAAGGAGAAAAUUGAUCCCGUGCCUACUGUUUACGACAAGUGCAAUCCAAGUCCUUGCGGAGCAAACGCUGACUGUAAUGACGGCCAGUGCACAUGUAGGCCCGACUACUUCGGAAAUCCUUACUUGAGUUGUCGUCCAGAAUGCACACACAAUUCUGACUGUCCUUCUACAGUAACAUGUGUGAACAACAAAUGUAUUAAUCCGUGCACAAAUCUAUGCGGACAUGGUGCAUUAUGUGAAGUAUAUAAUCACAUACCGAUGUGUAGUUGUCCAUCAAAUACUACAGGAAACGCUUUCUUCUCAUGUACACCAGUAACAGCAAUCUCAGUAAGUCGAGAUCCAUGCCACCCGUCCCCAUGUGGCCCGUAUAGCGUAUGUCGAGCAAUGCAAGAACAAGCCGUAUGUUCGUGUCUUAUUGGCUAUAUUGGAGUACCUCCAUCUUGUAGACCCGAAUGUUUGGUAGAUUCGGAUUGCACAAGUCUCAUGUCAUGUUCAAAUCAAAAGUGCGCCGACCCCUGCAUUGGUUCUUGCGGAUUGAACGCAGAAUGUCGAGUACACUACCACAAGCCCAUUUGUUACUGCAGAAAUGGUUUCACUGGUGACCCAUUUACUCACUGCGUAAUCAUUCAAAAUGAACCACCACCAAAGCGAACACCCUGUGAACCCUCACCGUGUGGUCCCAAUUCUGAAUGCCGAGUAGUAAACGAAGCACCCACGUGUUCCUGCCAACCUGGUUACAUAGGGCAAGCACCAUAUUGCCGUCCAGAGUGCACUACAAACAGUGAAUGCAACUUUGAUAAGGCUUGCAUAAAUAACAAAUGUGCUGACCCGUGCAUUGGUGCUUGCGGUCUGAACACGGAAUGUAGAGUCAUCAGUCAUUCGCCACAAUGUGCAUGUCAACCAGGAUAUGAAGGAGACUCUUUCUAUCAGUGUACUCCUGUCAAAGUUCCAGCUCAAAAGCCACCACCACCUACUGAACCUUGUGUGCCUAACCCAUGCGGGCCGAACGCUGUCUGUCAAGAGCGUAACAAUGCUGGUAGUUGUACUUGUGUAACGGGAUAUUUAGGUAACCCUUAUGAAGGGUGCAGACCAGAAUGUGUCAUCAACUCUGACUGCACAGACAAUUUAGCAUGUAUCAAUAACAAAUGUCAAGAUCCUUGUCCUGGUCUAUGUGGAACGAAUGCACAAUGUCAAAUGGUUAAUCAUAUUCCCAACUGUGCAUGCACGUUGGGAUAUGUAGGUAACCCAUAUGAUAGAUGUAUUCCUAAACAAGAGUCACCUACUGAUCCAUGCAAUCCGUCACCAUGUGGUCCAUACAGUACUUGCAUUGCUGCUGCCAAUAAAGCAAUAUGUACUUGUCUUAAGGACCAUAUUGGCAACCCACCAAAUUGUAGACCGGAAUGUAUGUUGAGCUCGGAGUGUCCUCUCAAUAAAGCUUGCGUCAAGCAGAGAUGCGUGGAUCCAUGCAUCGGUGCCUGCGGAGAUAAUGCCCAAUGUCGCGUCUAUCACCAUAGUCCAUACUGUACAUGUCUACCUGGUUUUGAAGGUGAUGCCUUCAUCAGGUGUUCAAAAGAAAAACAGACACCGCCACAAAUAAAGUCUCCCUGCGAACCCAAUCCUUGUGGGCCAUUUGCUACAUGUAGAGACUCCGCUGGUUCCGCCAUCUGUAGUUGUAUGGAAGGAUACUUCGGAGCACCACCACGAUGUGCGCCAGAAUGCGCUAUCAACGAAGACUGUCCAAAUGAUAAAGCCUGUGUCCGGGAGAGAUGUGUUGAUCCUUGCAUUGGAUCCUGUGGUUCCAAUACAGAAUGCCGAGCUAUGAACCAUCUGGCUAUUUGCACAUGUUUGCGAGGCUAUCGCGGUAACUCUUUUGUUGGAUGCUAUCUAUUUGAUGAGCCGCAGCCACUGCCAGUAGACCCUUGCGCAGGCAAUCCUUGCGGAAGUAACGCUAUCUGUAGCAACGGUACUUGUUCAUGUAUUCCGGGAUACCACGGCAAUCCCACAAUAGAGUGUCGUCCCGAAUGUACUACUGAUAAUGAUUGCAACAAACGUCAAGCCUGCGUAAACUACAAAUGUAUAGAUCCGUGCAAAAACACGUGUGGUCGCCAAGCAAUCUGCAACGUCUACAAUCACAUAGCCAUAUGCGAAUGUCCAGCACCGCUUCAAGGAGAUGCUUUCAUAGCCUGUCAGCCAGCCAGAGAACCUGUGGAGUCGGAUCCAUGUUCGCCGAAUCCAUGUGGUCCAAACAGCGUGUGUCGUGCGCAAGGUUCAGUGGCACAUUGCUCUUGUCGGCCGCCCAUGCACUCCGAGCCGCCUAGUUGCCGACCGGAAUGUCGCAGCUCAGCCGACUGCCCGACUGUGCUAGCGUGCCGAGCUGGCAAGUGCCGUGACCCUUGCCCUGGAGCGUGCGGAGCCCACGCCGUUUGUCGAACAACCAUGCAUUCGCCAAUUUGUACUUGUCCUACUGGCUAUACUGGGGAUCCAUUUAUUCGCUGUAUGCCAGCCCUCGAGACCGAACCCAAAAAGAAUUCACCCUGCCCGGAUUGUGGGCCGAAUGCCGAUUGCAUUGAUGGCCUCUGUCGCUGCCGUUCAAGUUUCUUCGGAUCGCCACCAUUCUGUCGUUACGAGUGUCUGGAUUCUAAUGAUUGCGAAUUGCAUUUGACGUGCAUUAACAGACGUUGCGUAGAUCCCUGUCCCGGAGCAUGCGGCCAGGGAGCCGAUUGUGUCCCAGUAGCUCAUGAGCCACGCUGCACUUGUCCUCCCUCCACUACCGGAAAUCCUCUUACGGCGUGCCGUCCCAUCGAAAAUAUUCCUAAAGAACCAAACGAUCCCUGUGGACCGGGUGCGUUGUGUCGAGUAAGAGGAGCAGGUGCUUCUUGUGAAUGUGAGCCUGGACUACGUGGAGAUCCUAACUCUGGCUGUCGACCUGAAUGUGUUGCUGACUCGGAUUGCUCACCGUCAAAAGCUUGUAUACGCUCUCACUGCCGAGACCCCUGCCAGGGUACUUGCGGUGUAGGUGCUGAUUGCGAAACUGUCAAUCACAUACCAUUGUGUUCGUGCCCCACUGGAACUAGAGGAAACGCUUUUGAAAGAUGCUACGCGGAAGUAACCCAACCACCCUGUACUCCGUCACCGUGCGGGCCCGGAGCCUUGUGCUCCGUAGUAGGAGACAGCGCCAUGUGCACAUGUCCGAGCGGCACGAGUGGUGAUGCGGCCACGACAGGCUGUAGGCCCGAGUGUGUGGUCAGCUCAGAGUGCCCGCGGGACCGCGCCUGCGUACGCAACAAGUGCAUUGAUCCCUGCCCUGGUACAUGUGGCAAUGGAGCUAUGUGUCGCGUCUUUAAUCAUGCACCCAUCUGCUGGUGCCCACCGCCGACAACUGGCGAUCCAUUCAUCGAUUGUAUAGAAACACCAGCCAAGCCCAACGAUCCUUGUGAUCCCAACCCUUGUGGGGCCCACGCCACCUGCCGGAAUGGAAUUUGCACGUAUUACGAAUGUACUGUGAACGAUGACUGCUCCGGUGACCGUGCAUGUAUCAACAGAAAGUGCACUGAUCCGUGCGUUAACGCAUGUGGACUCAACGCAAUAUGCACGGGUGUGAGACACUCACCAGUAUGUUCGUGCCCUGCGGGAUACACCGGCUCGCCAUUGGUGCGCUGCGUCAUGAUCUCGUCGAUAACGCCAGUGCCCGAGUGCAUAUCGGAUAAUCAGUGUCCUGAUAACGCUGCUUGUGUCAAUGAUCGUUGCUCUCCACUUUGCGGCCCUAACAACUGUGGACUCAAUGCACGCUGCAUAGCCAAACAACACAGAGCCCUUUGCACUUGCCUACCAGGUUAUGAAGGCAAUGGCUACACUGGAUGUUACUCAGUGCAAUGCCAUAGCAACAACGAUUGUCCAGAUGACGAAAGCUGUGAAAGUGGUUCAUGUGUGAAGGUGUGCUUGCGCAUUCGCUGCGGCGACGAGGCGCAUUGUGUUGCGCGUGGUCACACUGCUUCAUGUGAAUGUAAUGCCGGAGCCCACGGCGACCCAUGGACGGGUUGUCGCCGAGCUGAGUGUAUUGUUGAUGACGAUUGCUCCUCAUGGCUGGCUUGCUCUCGCGGUUCUUGCAGAGACCCAUGCCUUGGCGCAUGUGCUCAAGGAGCAAUCUGUACCGUAGUUCGCCAUGUACCUUCGUGUGAGUGCCCGAGGGGCACUCAGGGCAACCCCAAGAUCGAAUGUCGUCAAGUUUUAGAACCAGGCCAAUGUGUAAUGGAUGGAGAAUGUGGACCCGACCUAGCAUGUUUGCAAGGCGUAUGCAAGAACCCCUGUGAACCAACAUCUUGUGGCAUUCGUGCGGAAUGUAGAGUUGCAAACACAUUACCAUUCAGAACACUUGUUUGCGAGUGCCCUAAGCCUCUCGUUGGUGAUGCUUCAGUACAAUGUAAUCCAAGGGGUGAGUGCAGUUCGGACAGUGACUGUGCUUCAGAAGAACAUUGCGUUAACCGCGCGUGUGUGAGCGCUUGCUCCGAAAUCAGCUGCGGGCCCGGCGCCGAGUGCCGCGCCAGCGCGCACCGCGCCACAUGCGCCUGCGUGCCACCGCUGCAGGGCAACCCCCAGAUAGGCUGCACGCUUGGUUCACCAGGUGUGACGUGCACAUCGGAUGCAGAAUGCGGCGGAGCUGAGGCGUGCGUGUCGCGCCGCUGCGUGUCAGCGUGCGCCGGCGCAUGCGGCACCGGCGCUCUGUGCGACGCGGCGCAACAUCGCGCGCGCUGCCACUGCCCGCCUGGCACCGCCGGCGACCCCUCGCGCAUCUGCUACACACCUGAAUGUACAUCAGACGACAACUGUCCAUUUGAUAAGAGCUGCGUCAACGGAUAUUGCCAAGACCCAUGUACGCUCGGUACGCCCUGUGGAAGAGAUGCAAACUGCGUGGCGGUUGCUCAUAUUGCCAGCUGCCGCUGCCCACCGGGUACCCAAGGAGACCCACGCCGAGCCUGCGUUUCAGCAGUUUGUCACUACAAUGAAGACUGCGAUGACACCCAAGUUUGCAACAGACUCAACCGAGUAUGCCAGCCAGCCUGUUCCGACCAGUCGUGCGCUCCCGGCGCUCUAUGUACGACGCGUAACCACCGCGCUAUAUGUACUUGCCCUGCAGGUCGUACUGGAGACCCGUACAGCCUCGGAUGCACUACUCAACAUGAUGCCACAGAAUGUAACACUGAUUCCGAUUGUUCCGCACCAUUUGCUUGCGUGAAUGCACGUUGCACUGACCUUUGCCUCGGAAAUCCCUGCGACUCUGGUCUAAUUUGUAAGAUCGUCGAUGUGCUACCAUUACGUGCUGUGGCUUGUGUCUGUCCCGAUGGCGGACGCGUAACACCCGAUAACGGUUGUAGAGCUCCACCUGAUCCGGAAUGUUCAGUCGAUUCUGAAUGCACCAACAGUCAAACCUGCCGUCGUGGAAGUUGUGUCGAAUCUUGUAGAGCUGAUCCUUGUGGACAGAAUGCUCUUUGUGAUUCUAUUGACCAUACAUCUCACUGUAGGUGUGCGCCGGGAUACACUGGCAACCCGAGAACAGAGUGUAACACCAUACCACGGCAGCCGACUUUCUUUGAAUGUUACAAUGAUGACGAGUGUGGUUCAGAACGAGCCUGUGUCGACCGUGCUUGCGUGAACCCAUGCAAUGACGCAUGUGGACUCGGAGCGUUAUGCCGAGUUAUAAAUCAUUUACCACAAUGCUCUUGCCCGAGAGGAUAUUCUGGCGAUGCACAUACUCGAUGCACCCCACCAUCAGACAAAUCGAUUAUCCCAGUUGGCUGCAAAGCUAACUCUGACUGUCCUCUAUCACAAGCAUGUGUCAAUGGCGCAUGCGCAGAUCCAUGCGCAUGUGGAUCUAACGCCGAGUGUACCGUAGUGAGACACCAUCCUGUUUGCUUCUGCGAGCGAGAAUAUUCAGGCAAUCCAUAUGUCGGGUGCACUAAAGUUGGAUGUACCUCAGAUUCAGAUUGUCCCGACAGUGAUACCUGCUACAACGGUGCUUGCGUUAAUCCAUGCGUUGUGGAUGCGCCUUGCGCUAUCAGCGCGGAAUGCUUCGGCAAAUCACAUCGACCUAACUGUCGCUGUCCUGCGGGCACAACAGGAAAUCCGUAUACUAGAUGUCAAGCUGCUGAAUGUGAGGUUGACAAUGACUGUAACGACGAUAGUGUUUGCGUGAGGGGUUCUUGUCGUAACGCUUGCUCAAGCGAUGGACGCAACCCAUGUGCCAACAACGCUGAAUGCUUCGCACGAAAUCAUGCCGCCUCUUGCAAGUGUCCGACAGCAUUACCCCUUGGAGAUCCUCUAGUCUAUUGCUCGAGAAUUGAUGUAAUUGGAAAACCGGAAUGUCGCAUGGAUAGCGAAUGUCCCAGUGGCUAUGCUUGUUUAAGGGAUGAAUGUCGCGAAGCUUGCAACGAAUUGAAACCUUGCACUGGCAACGCUCGUUGUACUGUUUCUGACAGCGUUCCAUUCCGAACCUUGAUAUGUCACUGUCCUGAUGGGUACAUUCCUGAAGAAGGCGGAAAUUGUAAACCAGCACAACUACCCGCACUUAGCUGUUCUUCUGAUAAAGACUGCGGUGAUCACGAAUCAUGUGUUAAUAGAAUUUGUCGUAACCCAUGUAAUUGCGGAGAAAACGCGGAAUGUUUCAUACGAAAUCACAGGCCUAUUUGUUCUUGUCGCGAAGGAUUUGAAGGAGAUCCAUAUCGCAGAUGCCAUAUAGUUGGCUGCCGCAGCAACUCAGAGUGUCCUUCACACCAAGCAUGUAUUAAUGGCAACUGCAUCAGCCCAUGCCUCUUAAAUAGCACGUGCGGUCCUAAUGCCGAAUGUUACGUAGAAAGGAAUUUACCUAUGUGCAGAUGCCGUCCAGGAUUCGAGGGUGAUGUUUAUCUAGGAUGUAAUGCGAUAGAGUGCAGGAGUAAUGGUGAUUGCCCACAGGACAAACAAUGUCGUGCUCACAGGUGCGUGAAUCCAUGUCUUAGUGAACAUAUAUGUGGAACUAGAGCCACAUGCUUGGUGAGAAAUCAUAUCGCCGUCUGCAAAUGUGAACAUGGCUAUACUGGAAGCCCAUAUAUCGAAUGUAAGCCCCAAAUAACAGCUGAGUGCUACGUAGACGCCGAUUGUCCUUCAAGACUGGCAUGUUUAUCAUCUAGAUGCGUUAAUCCUUGCUCAGAAUUACGUCCCUGUGCCAUUCCAGCACAGUGUGAAGUGUCACCAACUCUACCAGUACGCACAAUGCUCUGCACAUGUCCGCCAGGAUACGUGAGCAGUGGCGGAGGAGUUUGUCGUCCAGCAACAACAACUAUUGAAGAUGUAAUUUGUACCACUGAUGAUAACUGCACAACCAACAAUGCUUGUAUAACAUCCUUCUGUAAAAAUCCUUGCGAAUGCGGCCCUAAUUCAGAUUGCCAGAUUAAAGACCACAAACCUGUCUGCGCUUGCCAACCCGGUUUUAUAGGUGAUGCUCGAACCGGGUGCUACAAAGUUCUUUGCCAAUCUGAUUCACAAUGUGCAGAUGACGAAACAUGUUUCAACAGCCGUUGUAUACCAGCCUGUUCGGUUGAUUCCAACACGUGUGGAGACUCAGCUGAAUGUUACGGCAACGAACAUCGCGCUUCAUGUAGGUGCAAGAUUGGAACCAUAGGAAAUCCAUCGAUUGCGUGCACACCUAUAGGUUGCCGCGCAGACUCCGACUGUCCAGUAGACAAAUCAUGUAUCAAUUCUAAAUGUGUUAACCCUUGCAAUGCUACCACUUGCAACGAACCUGCCGAAUGCAGAGUACAUAAUCACGAAGUACAUUGUGUUUGUCCACCUGGCUACCAAAGUACUGAAGAAGGAUGCUUGAGUACCAGACAGCCACAGUGCAACACUGAUAUUGACUGUCCCUCUGGAACUGCAUGCUUGAAUGCUAAGUGUGUUAACCCUUGUCUGGAAAUAAAGCCUUGUGGAACUAAUGCCGAGUGCAAGGUCGUUGACACACUACCCGUCAGGACAAUGAUCUGUGAAUGUGUGCCUGGAUACAAAGGAAAUGCUCUUGUUGAGUGUACAUCCAAUAAACGACCAAUCACAGAAUGUAUACAAGGGCAAGGUAUAGAUAGCAAUGGCGAUUGUGUACCAUGCCGAGAGGAGGAAGGGCGAGUGCUGGAUGCUCGCGGGCGGUGUGUGUGCGACGCGACUCGAGGCUACGUGCCACGCGGCGACAAGUGCGAGCCGCGAGGCUGCCGCGCUGAUGCCCAAUGUGAAGACCGAGAGCGCUGUAUCAAUGGCACGUGCGUGGACGCUUGCCGCGCCGAGCCAUGCGGCACAUCGGCCACCUGUGACGCCGUCGGCCACCGCUCGCACUGCACGUGCAUCGCCGGCUACACCGGCAACCCACGCGUUCACUGCAACACUACCAACCCGCCAGUGUACCGAACCGAUUUUCCUCUGCCCGAUAUGCAGGUCCAUUGCCUUGCGGACGGCGUACGUGUCAGUUUGAAGAUUAAAGACUUUAAUGGCGUAUUGUAUGUAAAGAGCUACAGCAAGGACGAACGCUGUCGAUUAGCAGUGGAUACGCCCAAGGAUGAAGAGACUAUUGUCGACUUCACGGUACAUUUCGGCGAGUGUGGUUUAGUUCACGUCAAUGGUCUGGCCAGCUUCGUCCUUGUAAUGCAGAAACAUCCAAAACUAGUUACUUCGAACGCAAAGGCGUUCCACAUAAAAUGUAUAUACCAGACGGGCGAACAGAACGUGACACUUGCGUUCAAUGUGUCGAUGCUGACGACAGCCGGCACCAUCGCCAACACCGGACCGCCGCCCACGUGCUCCAUGAGGAUCGUCUCUCGCUCCGGCAGUCAAGUCAGCUCCGCAGAAAUUGGAGAGAACCUAGUCUUACAAGUCGAUGUUCAACCCUCAAAUAUUUACGGUGGAUUCGCACGUAGCUGCAUAGCAAAAACAAGCGAAGUUGCCACGAACGUCGAAAACGAAUACCCGGUGACAGACGCCGAUGGAUGUGCGACGGAUCCAUCUAUAUUCGGUGAAUGGGAGCGAAGCGAAGACGGUAGCGUACUACGCGUUGCCUUUAACGCUUUCAAGUUCCCCAGCAGCGACAACAUAAGAUUCCAAUGUAACAUACGGGUCUGUUUCGGCAAAUGUCAACCGGUUAACUGUCGGGGCGCUGACGCCUUUGGUAAACGACGCAAACGAGAAGCGAUCGAUAGCAGUGCAGCAUCCUCACCUGCAGGCCAGUUCCGCGAAGAAGUGACUGUGGAAUCCAACCAAAUCCUGACGUUGCAGCGGCGCGACCCAUCACAGGUAGCGCGGCAACGCGACGCGGGAGGAGCCGCGGGCGCAGGCGCAGGCGCGGGCGAGGUGUGCGUGUCGGCUGCGGGGCUGGCCGUGGCGCUGGCGCUGACGGCGCUGCUGGCGCUGGUGGCGGUGGCCGCGGCCGUGGCGUGCUGGCUGGUGGCGUGGAGGCGCGCGCGCCCGCCGCCCGCGCCGCUGCCGCACCCGGCCGACUUCCCCAACCCGCUGUUCCAGCGCUGAGUACGCUAGUCGCGGCCGCGCUCCUCCGCCGGCACCGGGCGGUGUCGGUCUUCCUCUCUCCCUAUCUCUGUGCUGCCGCCGGAGGACCGCCGGCCGGGGGCGCGCCGGGCGCCGCUCGCGCUCGCCGCGCCCCAACCUUUACUUAAUUUUAUAAUAUUUUUUUACGUUUUACUAUUACUAAUGUGGCAUCCGUCGCUCUUCGAAUUUUGUGAUAUUCAUAUAAAUAUUCGAAAUCACCAUAAUUUUAUGUAAAAUAAACAUCGAUUAUAUCUAAUUUUAAGAAUAAAUAAUUAAUAAUA